AUGAGAGUUCCUGAAGAAGCCCUUAAGGUAUGCAUUUUCUGUCACUUUUAACUCUUGAUAGCUCUCUGUUCAUUCUAUCUAUAUGUAUGUUUGGUUCUCUGAAGAUUUAUAGUUGGCAUAAAUGAAGAUACACAAAGGAAGGUGGUGGACAGAAGAGAAAAGCACCUCCAUGAGAGGCAGACCAGAUAUGUUUCCUCAGGGUGUGAGGCUGAGGGAAGUGGGGGAAGCUCCCAGGUGAGAGCGGGGAGAGCUCACCCUUCUGUGUGUGAAAUAAGGAUUAAUAUAUAAUUGUGAUAGAGGGCUUGGUAUUACAUGCAAGUAUUACAUUUCUUUCUUCUUCCUUCCUGUAUUUUUCUUUUGGUUUGUUUCUUACCUCUUUUUUUUAGCUUGGUUUUUAUUGUAUCUUAUGUUGAAAACACUCAAUAAAAAUUUUUUAAAAAAUAAAUAAUAAAUAAGUGCUUAAGGUAAAAAUAUAUAGCCCGUAUUUAUUGAUUCUCGGGUUAGAUUGCUGCACUCCUGAAGCCUGGUUCUCACUAAGCAGCAGCCCCCAUGCAAGCAUUUGGGGAGCUUGUGUGACUGCUGUUUGCUUGCCGCUGCUAUGCUUGCAGUUCAAAUGAACUAGUGCCUCCCUGUAGGCACUUUUGCAUGCCCCGAAGGAAAUUCUCCCUACAUCUACUCCACAUUAGCAACCAGCACCUCCAGUCCAUAGUAGGGAGGCUUUUUACCAAAUUGUUCCCUGAACAUUUCCUAGCAAGCAAAAAUGAGUCAUCAUCACUUCACCCAACCAGCCCCCAAAGUAACUGCUGUUUUGCCUGUUGUGUUAAAUAGAGCUGGAAAUGUUUGGGGUUACAUUGCAGUCAGGAGUAAAAAAUUCCCAAUAACGUGUGUGUAUGUAUGGGGAGACCCUAAAGUGUGAAAUAGAAAAUAUUAGUUUUAUUUGGUUUCUUUUUCAAAGUUAUUUCUGUUUCCCUGCAUAAGUGUAACAACUAUGUUAACCUCCUAUGAUGAAUUGUGUUUUCACCAUAAAGUUCUGGAUAGAUGUUAGUAAUUUGGAGGUCCCUUUAAGUGUAUCUUUUUUUUGUAAAGCAGUAGCAAAGCUAGGAAAGUUGGUUUGAAAAGCAGGGCUUGGCAGAGAGAAGGUGAGCAGGCAAAGGAGUCUGUUGUCAAGCAGGAAAGGAGGGAAGGCUACUUGCAGAAAUGCACCAAUCACAGUUUCUUAGCUGAGGGAACAAUUUCAUUUUCUAGCUACCCUUGCCUCAUGCCUUCUUUUCUAAUUGCUUGUCAAGCAAGUGGCUGGGGUGUCAACACAAACAAGUAUUACAUCAGGAUCCUGGAUUCUGACUUAACAACAAACCAUAGUUAAAGUGAGCUGCAGUUCAUAAGUCAACAGCAAACCAUGGUAUGUUUUCUGUAAAUAAACCAUGGUUAAUUUCCUGGGCCAGGUUCAUAUAUUCAGACAGAUCACAGCUAGGAAACACAAACUGUGUCUUGGUAUUAUCUGCAAAUGCAACCAGUUGGUUUAGAAUCAAUAUAUUGGGUGAUACCCAACUUAAGUUGAUCCAGUACAAGCAAUGGACUUAGGUAACUUACGUUUGUUGAUUUGAGUGGGUCUGCUUUGAAUAUGGCUUAUAUUGAAUACCUUGAUUGAUUCAUUUUAUAGUAGUUUAUUAAAACUUAAUGUUGAAUACUUAAUGUUCUGUUGCUUUGCUUGAUGGGGAAUUAUCUAACAUACAGCAUGAGAAGUUUACAAGUCAACUGCAGCUAUCCCAAAAAUCCUCGGAGGCAGAAGGAUCAAAGCUAACCAGUGCCAAAGCUACACCGCCAAAGGUACAAGACACCAUUGCUGAAGUGCACCACAAAGUUAUAGACACACUGAAAGCUGAAGAGAAAGUGGCAGGUGAGAGAAAUGAAUUUGUACAGUCAGUUCUAGCUACUAAAAUAUAUUAGCUUUGGAGAAGCCACUGUAAGAUGUAAGAUGUUUUGAGUUAGGUAAGGUAUAAAGGAGUUGGGGCAUUAAUUGCCUCAUAUGUCAUUGUAAAAAUUGCCAGGAUUGUCUCUUACUUUGUUAUAGUACCUAAUUGUUACAGUUCUGCAAAGAAAUUUCCAUUCUGUGUAGUGGCCUAAUAGGAAAGAACUCCUCAUUCUAUAUCACUUGCCUCUUAACAGUGUGCUUUUCUGGCCGUUACGGUGUAAAUAGAAACAAAAAGCUACAAUUAACUGUCAGAUCCCUUGUAUUUCUUAAAUCAGCUUGGCUUUGCUAUCUGACACAUUACAUUGUAAGUGUUUUCAUUUUAAAGUGAAUGAAAUUUUGUUGCAGCAGCUUUGAAGUCCAGUGAAUGAUUUAUUACUUUUAUGAAAACAAGUAUUUCUUUGCCAAACUAGCAUAUUUGGAGACAUUAAAAAAAAUUAAAAGAAGGAAAGUGGAAAAUAAUUAUUCAUUGUGAAGCAAAGGGGCCUUCCUUGUUAGCAUCCACCUGUCUGGAUACACAAUGGAGUGUUCAUCUAAGGGUUAAGUCAAACCGCUGCAAUAGCAGCACCAAAGUAUCCUCCCCAGGUCACAAGCCUGGGCAAUGUGUAUGGAGGUCCUCGGCUGGCUGGACAAGAAGACCUCCCUCUCAGCCUCACUGAUGUGGCCCAAAGGAAAGCAGAGCAAUAUGUUUGGCACCAAUUGGCUGCAGGAGUUGUUGGAAACAGGCGUUCAAGGCACAAUCCAACCGGACUCCACUCCGGAUUUGUGUAGGUUUUACUCCCUAAAAUAAUCCCACAAAAUAUCCCACAAGGAAGUGGAGGUUUAGGAUCAGAAUUAUCCUUCUCCUAGAAGGAUUCCAGGUUGAUGAGCUCCGUCUGCCCCUCAAGGAAACGAGCACAUCUCAGUUAAAUGUGUGUGAGCAGCUAGGCAAGCAAUAUGUUAGCACAUUUUAUCCAGAAUGUAGAUAGCUUAGACUGUUUACACGCUCCCGUGUACUCUGCAUCCUGGUUUGGGAAGCAGUGUAAACAGAACAUUAGCCACAAUCCAUAUUCUAUUCUUUACCAUUUUUCCAUAGUGUCACUCUUGCUGCUCCAAAUGAAUAAUCUAUUUUGUUUGUUUAUAUAGAUCUUUCUGCCAUGCCUCGGGGCACACCAUUAUAUGGGCAACCAUCAUGGUGGGGUGAGGAUGAAGCUGAAGAACAGAAUGGUUACAAAGCUGAUAGUAAACCUGAGGAGAAAAUACAAGAAGCUGGAGUUUUAGGUAAGGUUAUUUAUAAACAGAUCCAUUUGUAGCUUUUCCCCACCUCCAUUUCACAUCUGGUAGGCCUGGUAUAUAUUCUAAGUCAGUCCACAUGCCUAAGAAAAUAAUGGUAAGAGAACAAUGUCUACAGUAAAUUCAAGCAUAAAAUUCAUGUAAACUAACUAAAUACUUGCCAUUCUGGUGUGGGAGGGAGAAGAAAAUAUCACUAAACUGUGGGGCCCUGUGUCUGUGUACAUAUUGGCAUCUUUCAGUGGAGGCUGGAUCAGUCAGUGGCAAUGGCCGGGUGGCAGGUUUUGGUCACAAUGUGCCAGUCAUAUCAAAUGUCAUAGAUUUGUUUUUUCCCCUCCAUAGGAGUUAAUGACAGCCAUUCACUUAUCUAGGGGAAAUUAACAAUGCAUGUCAGCUCAGAAGUAAGUCCCACUGACUUACUCCCAGGAAAAUAUGUAUAAGAUUGCAACCUAAAAGUGUAUUAUUGGGGACUAGGAACUAUAAAGCCAGUUUCUCAGUGAAAACAAGUUUUGUCUGUUCCCAAGAGCUGUUCUGAUUCAGUGUAUUUUUUUUGUGUUGUACAAAACUUAAAAGAUAUGAAAUGUUUCCUCUAGGAAUUAUAUUGUCAUGAACUAAUGUGCCAAAGAUGGAAUUGAGCCACUGGCUUUUGUACCUUUCAGAUACUCCAGUGAAUUGAGAGAGUGCUCAAUCGAAUUCCAUUUGUAUACUUUUGAUGUGAUCCAAACAUUUUUUACAAACCAGUUGAUUUUACAAUAUUAGCCACUUGGUAGUAGACAUUUAAGUAAUGAAAAUGGAUAUGGAUAUAGACUACUAAAUCUAUGCAAUGAAAAGUGUAUGUGAAUAAAAUGUAUGCAUUGGAAAGACAUGUCUCUUGUUACAUAUUUGGGAAAACAAAGCACUUUUUCUGAAAAUAGUUUUAUUUUGGAUUUUGGCUGUGCAUGGCUUCUGUCUACAGUUUCUAUAGCAUGUUACUGUAUUAUUAUUUUUUUAUAAUGUUAAGUAUUUCAAAUACCUGUGCUAUAAAAAAUAGUUACAGAGUUCUUUUCUGGUGAAUUAGGGAGGCUGUAAUCGUAUAGUCACUUACCUAGAAGUAAGUCCUGUUGAGUAGAAAAAUUCAGGAUUGUACUGCAAAGCCUAGCAGUGGGAGCCUAUGCCACCCAUACUCCCCACACCUCAAUUCUAUUGGACUACAGAGCUCAUCCUGGACUCUUGGCCAUAUCAGCUGGAGCAGUUAUCGAGUUGAGUCCAAUUUCAUCUGGCAUAGCCCAAGCUUAUGGGUGUUUCCACAGUUAACAUGUAGCUGGAAAACAAUACCAUAUUAGCAUAUCCUUGCCCACUGCUCUGUUUCAUUGGUUACCCCUUGCAAGUGGGAUGAGCAAAUAAUGAUAUAAUUACGUUUCUACAAGUGCAGUUAUCACCAAUCAGUGUUUGGUUCCAUUCACACUGGGACUUGCGCCACCUGCGCUCCAACCAUUGUCCAACCCAUUACAUAGGAUGGAGCUCAUCUGAGUACCAAGUUUCCACAGAUUGGAGAGGCACUCAGGAGCAAUCACAUCAGUAGCUUUCCUUUUCAUUCCAUAACAAGCUUAAGAUAUCAACAGGAGCGCUAGCAUUUGUUGACAAUUGAGGCUGUGCAUGUCACCCUGGUCAGUAAUCAUAGUCUUUUUCCUCCAUGUAAAAAAUAGUAAGAAAAAUUAUCUUGCAUUUUGGAUGAAAGUUCCAUGAGUAGGAAUGAGCCGGAAUCUAUAUACAAAUAUAUCUGCAGUAUCAACUUUCAUUUUUAUUCCACUGUUAUGUUUUUCACAUGUAAUCGGUCCUUCAUUGUCAUUUCUUCAUGAAACAUAAAUGUUACAUUGGAGUUUGCAUGCAGUUUGCUAUAUAAAUAUGAUAAGAAAAUAUAUUUUCUUGGGCAUAGAUUUAAUGGCAUUCAAUGUGAGAUUUUGGUCUACUUCAUAGCAGCUAGUUUAUAAAUUAAGGGCUUGGUUGUUUGUUAAUAAUUUUUGUAAGUAACUUAAAACAAGCCUGAACUGGCAUACUCAAUUUACCAAAACUGCUUCACCACUUUGCACUUCUGAAAAAUGGUAUUAUUUUGAAGAGAACGUAUAUAAUAUAGCAGAUGGGGCAUGGUUUAAUGAGGAGAUUGAUAUAGGAGAUUAGUUUCUGCUAAGCCAACUAGAUACAAUUAGCCUUUAUAGACUUAAGUUAAUAAGAUUAUUUUGGUAUUACUGUUUUUCAGCCUUAGUAGAAACCUGUAAUGGAAAAUGUUCCAGCAAGCAAACCUCAGUGGGCUCAGAUCAGGUGUUAUAGACUUUACUUUUGGUAUAUUUGGUAAUGUUGAUCUGUUUUCUCUACUAUGGAUCCAGAAAACAUGAUUUAGGAUGGUGCAGAUACACAUACAAUGUACUAUUUAAAACUACCUACUACUCUUAUUUGUCACCUUACUUUUUAUAUCUUACUUUAAUAAAUCCUUACAAAAAAUAAAUGCCUACCUCAGUGUGCUGAAUGUUUCUAGCUUUUUAGUAACAUACUUUAUUUCAAGGCUAUAAGCUUUCAAUUAUCUUUGGCAGUUAAAUAUGGUACUCUAUAAACAUCAAUAUGGUGUGCUCUGAUCUGAUCUCCCAAGAGUGCUGAAGUCUAUUGUUGAUUCCAAAAACUCAAGUUUAUAACGGAUUGUGCUGAUUCAAGCCUUCCGUUCUAUGAGAAAAGAAUAUUGGUAUGAUUUAUGGUCCUGAAUAUGAAAGAGGUAUAUAAGUUAUCUGUUGCAUUAGUCACUUCUUGGAAUGGAUUCUCCUUCCAAAGCCUACAGCACAUUUUUCAGAUUGAUAUUAGUUUCAGACUGGGAUAAAUAUUGAAUAAUAGUAACUGGAUUUUCUUGCAGGGGAAAAACAGACACUGCAUGAUAAGCAACACAAGAAAAUUCAGUGGGUUGUAUCCAAUGGUAGCUUUGUCUUAAUGAAAAGUGCUCUCAUUGGUGCAAGCUGUGGCACCCCAUUUACGCUGAUCCUACUGCAGUCCUCCAUGCUGUCCAUGAAAUGACCAUUGCAUGCAAUCUAGGGUAUUAAUUCAAAGGAAAAGUCUUUUCCAGUCCCAAGUAUGGCUGACUAGACUGUGGUUUUGAAACAAAAUCAAUCUACUGAGCAAUCCAUUUUUAAUUGUACCUACCUUAUUUGGAGAGUUGCAAACAAAAGUCUGUGACCUUUGAGGCUAAUAUACUGUUCUUCAUUUUGGUGCAUUGAAACUGGAGCUAGAUUAAAAUCUGUAACGCAUUAUUUAUAAAUAUCAGACUUUUCUGAAAGGCUCAAGCUUCUUUAAUAGUAAGUAUAAGAGGGAUUGUGAACAAAGAUUUCCAGAUUUAAAUGUGUAUCUGAAAUUUGAUUGUCUCCCCUUGUAUGCCCGCUUGAGCCAUUUUUACUAGUUGUUAAAAUGUUCAGUCUUUAUAUCUUGUCUUUAUAGCAUAAUCCUUUUUUGUUCUUUGUGAAAGUAUAUCUCAGAUAUCAAACUACUAUUUUCCCCAUGAAAGAAAUACAGUGGUACCUCUGGUUACAAACACUUCUGGUUAUGAAUGCUUCAGGUUACAAGCUCCGCUACCCGGAAGUAGCUGCUCCUGGUUGCAAACUUUGCACCAGGAUGUGAACAGAAAUCACAUGCCAGAGGCACGCGCGCAGCGGGAAACCCCAUUAGCAAAAGUGCACCUCAGGAUAAGCGCGGUUUCAGCUUAAGAACGGACCUCUGGAACGAAUUAAGUUCGUAACCAGAGGUACCACUGUACUACCUUAUAGAUUAAUGAUGUUUUAACUGAGUAGAUUUGCUAGCUUUAUAUCAUCACUUUAAAUGUUUGAGGAACAGUGACAAUGCACCCCCAGCACACAUUUGUAAAAUUUCAUCAUAUAUAAUUGUGCCAUUCCUUAGGUAGCCAAAAUGGCACCAUCAAUACACAAGGAAGCGGUAUCAGCUCAGUGCAAUCCAAGGAUCUGCAGAUGUAUAAAAAUGCUCAUCUAAAACCACAACCCUGCUUUUGGAGAAAAAUUGCAUACAGUGGAGUGAGGAUUGAAUAUGCUUAUUGUGCGUCAAAUACUGACUGAUUAUCGGGGAAAUGAGGAACACAUGUAAUAUCAUAGGAGAGAGCAUGGCUGGUUGGCAGGAAUCCUGAAUGAGAGCAGUCUACAUAGCAGCUUUUUAUUGUAGGUUCACUUAUGCUAUUAACUUUCUAUCAAAACACAUUUUCUAAUUGACUUGGGUAUGGGGAGUUGCAAACACACUUUAGGAGUACUUUUGAACUUAGAAGUACUGGUGGUUAAUAAAACAAAACAAAACAAAACAAAACAAAAACCAACAGCAAAACAUGCUUAAUUAAUUAUGCUUAUAUGUCUGUGCCAUUUAUAUAUUUCUUGUUUCUCGUGGUUAUCCAGAGAGCUCUGAAACAAAUCUCCAUUUAUACAUUCUGACUAGUUAAAAAUCUGUUACAGGGAAGAAAUACCCGUGAAACAAUUAUUGAACUGCUGGUUGCAAACUUUUUAUAAUUUAUUUCCAGCUAGAUCUCUUUGAUUUGGUUUUCUUGGUUCUUGACUACAGCUUUCUUUGCUUCUGUUACUUGCAUUCUUAAUGAUUGCCGGAUUCUAUGAAACUGUACAUGUUAAACAGUAAAUUGCACUGUAAUUCUUUAAACUUUUAACAGGUUUUAACUAUGAACACACCCCAAUAUUGGGAGCACUGAGCUGCCUGUUUAAUAGUGAAGAAUUUACAAGAAGAUAGCAGAGUUGGAAAUAACUUGGCUGCCAAGCAAUAUAUUGUAACAGAGUGUAUUUGAUAAAGCACAGUGCUAAUAGUUCAAUCUCCAGCUAUUGAAUUCUUCCUAGAACAGUUGAGAUGAUAAGUAUCAUUGCACUUCUGGUCUGUUAGCUCCCACUCCUACAGAAUCCGUCUCCUUCAUAUAAACAAGCACUUUUACUUCCUUCAAUUCAGAAUCCAUCCUAACUGCUUCUCCGAAAGCAUCACAUAUCAAAACAGACUUGUUCUGUCUUUGUUCUUCCUUCCAUGGACUUCCCUGCAGGCCACCCCUUACUACUUUACCCAGCUUCGCUCUUAGCUCCUGGCUUUGCUGUUAACACCUGCUCUUAUUAUCCUCCUGUUCCCUACCAGCUUUCUGCCCUGAGCAUUUCUUGCUUCCUUCACUGUGCUGUUUUCCAUUGAAAGCAAAACCUUGCUGUUUUUCAUCUCCAGAAACCUCGGCUACUUUCCUGAUUUCGAAUCCGUAGAUGCUCACAUUUUGUCAUUCUUGUACAGAUACCAUUCAUUUCAUGUACAUCCAGUUCUGCAUUGCAUGGUAGUUAAGCAACUUGCCUGUCUUGUUUCCCAUCACUAUUGUAGUACACAGUAUCCUGGCAGAGAACUCAUUUUUGAACUGUUAACUCUUUGCAUGCUACAGUGCUUACUAGAAAAGGUAAGGAUGUUUAAAAUCUAUUAACAACUUCCCUCUUAAGAAGUGAUUUAGCACAGUUCUCCAAAGCAACAGCAACAUCAAUUCAGGGUCCAAAAACCUAAUUGGAGGAAGUUGACUUUUUAACCCACCAAAGUUAGUAUACUGGUAGCUUUUGUCUCUUGUGCUAUAACUAAAAAAAAUCUAGGACAUUUUAUAGAGUGGCCUCAAGCCAAAGAUACAAAAGCAGAAUGUCACUUGUUCAACAGGGGAUUCCAACCUCAUUCUCCACCUGAGUCCCCUGUAAAGCUGCUCCUGAAUGUUAUAGUACCCUCCAGAAUAAUAUGGGAUAUGGAAAUGUGGGCUGAAGCAGGAAGGAGGCACCUAGCAGCAUGAGAAGUUGCACAUGAGCACUUUUGAUCUGGGCCAAUGUAUGCGUUCUUGUGUGAGCAAUUUUUGUUGCUUAAUUAAGUGGAUGUAUUAUAGAUCUUAAUUGCAAGGGAGGUGGAGGAAAUCUCUUUACUGGUUUCUACCAAGGUAAUUACCGUAGAAAAGAUAGACAGUUUAAAAGUAAUUUAAAAACCUAUCUUUUCACACAGAAAGUGGAGCAAAAAUGUGCAUUCCAGAGCAAAUUUUCCUAGCUCUUAUUUAAUCUUGGCAGGAGAUGUUGCAUAAAACUGCGAAUCUUAAUUGGAAUAAUCUUUUAAAAUUGGACAAGCAUUUUAUAUUUUAACACUGUGGUAAAACAAAGUAAACCUCAUCGGCUGCUUUUCUGUUGAGGCUGAAGAUCACAGGAUACUGUGUACCAGUUUUCUGAUCCCUUGCCAAUAACAUUCAUUCCCCAAUGACUUCAGCUGUAUGUUGCGCUGGAAUUCAUUAACACUUUAACAUGAAACACAGCCCCAGCUUUUUAGCUGCUUCUUUCUAAAGAAACGAUAGUAAAAUUAAAUGACAUGACUCCUGAAAAUCAUUAUGAAUAUUCUGUUUGCUGUGCUGCCCAUUUUAAAAUGCAUUUUGCAUGACACUGUACCAUUUUCAUCCACAGAGUAAAUAUGUUAGUAGAUUUCUUUAAAAUGUGUUAGUGUUUUAAAGUUAUCUGUUUUGUUACUUUAUGUGCAUCUUGAAAAAUAAAUGAUAUUGCUCCAUUCAACCAUUGGAAUCGACUUACCAGUAUUCACUUCAGCAGCAGUUGCUUGUGGUGCAUUCAAAUCUCUAAUACUUGGCAAGCAAGCUUAUUGUGCUGAAUGCAUAAUGUUUUGCUAGCAGCUCCACAAAAGCUUGGAUUUAGCAUUUAUUCAGAAUGUACGUUGUUCCUCUCUUCUCCGGCUUCUUUAUCCAUCAAAAAGCAAGAUAUUUACAAACUUCUGCAUGUUUCUUACUGCUUAUAGACGUUACAUUCCAUUUUAAUUUUAUCUUCCUUUCCUGCACUGUACUUUCGGCAUUGGAUUUUCAGAAGUGUCUUGAGUCACUGCAAUCUAGCUUAUUUGCUUCCAUUGACAGGGAUAUAUUCAAAUCUGAAUUAAAGCCAAGUUCAUAUUUACUCUUCAGGACUUCAUGCAGAUGAAGAAGACAAAGUUACCCCUCCCCAUGGCUCUAUUCAAUUGUGUAAUCUUUUGAUACCCAUGAACUUGUUUCUUUGGCAUUCUUAGUGAGCUUUCUUUUGGUUAGAUGUGCGUACUUUCAUGCCUGUCUUCAAUAUGGAACUAUCAACAGAGAAGACUUGCAAUUCUGGAGCUAUAUUUUUCCGUCUUUCUGCAUUGCUCGUGGGCUUCCCACAGGCAACUGGGAGACAGGAUGAUGGACUAAAUAGGCCUUUGAUCAGAUCUGGCAGGGCUCUUCUUAUGUCCUUCCCAAGAAUUGUCUCCUGGCUUUUAUGUGAACUCUGAAAUUCCUUGAAGCCUCGGCUUUUGCAAUAUUGGAGAAUUUCAAUUUCUUUGUUUUUCUUAAUAGGAUGCAGCACAGAUGGCAAGCAAGCUGAGGAGCAAUCUGCAGCUGCAAGUGAAGAAGAAAAUUAUCCUUUCUGUAGGGAGCCAAGUUAUUUUGAAAUCCCUACAAAGGAAUUCCAUCAACAUUCCCAAAUACCUGAGGGUACUAUUCAUGAGAUCCCAACAAAAGACACACACAUAGCAGGGGCAGGGCAUGCUUCAUUUACUAUUGAAUUUGAUGACAGCACCCCAGGAAAAGUAACCAUCAAAGAUCAUGUUACAAAAUUCACUCCAGAUCAGCGCCACAAAUCUAAGAAGCCUUCUCCUUCUGGUGCCCAGGAUCUUCCUGGGCUUCAAACUGUGAUGAUGGCCCCGGAGAGCAAAGUGGCAAACUGGUUAGCACAAAACAAUCCCCCAACAAUGAUCUGGGAAUCAACAGAGGAAGAUUCAAAAAGUAUUAAGAGUGAUGUUCCAGUCUACUUGAAGAGACUGAAAGGUAAAACAAAUAAUUUCAGCUGUAUUUAUUUCCUUUGUCUUGAAUAUUCAGCCGUAAGUAUGCUAACUGGAACUGUACACAUUUACUACACUCUGUUAGAAUUCUUACAGACCAGAAUGUUUUAGACAAAGCAUCAAGUGACAACCAAUUCUGCCAGGACACCCCCCCCCAAAAAUUGUACCUUUUUAUUCAAAGCUUGUGAUGUUAUAGCAUUGGUACAUUUACAAAACACAAAUACCAAAGCAAACUUGCUAAUAUUGUAUUCACAAAAGAUUAAAAAUGCAUCCAUGUUCAAGCAUCUCUUUUCAAUAAAGUUUAAUGUUCAAUAAGUGGCGAAUGGUUGAAGUGGGGGGGGGGAAUCAAGCUGCUUAAAAUGGGUUUUGGGCAGACAUAAGAAAAAUGCAGAUGAACAUUUCAUCAAGCUUUAUAAAGCUGGUGAAUAUAGGUCAUAGACUUCAACUUAAUAAUUUUAACAGGUUUAAAUUGUUUUCUAAUUUUCUGAUUCCUUUUUAUCAGCUCAGUGAAUUAAGUUUGACUGAAAAACUUUCCUUUGGUUUGCUUUUCAGAUUACCCUUACUAAAUCAAAGUCCUUUACAUCUCGUAUUUUUAAAACAUCAUUUCACUUUAUUCCUCACCCACAUCUUCCUACUGACUGGCAGUUAUAUUAUUAUACUUCAUACAAAUCUCUCAGGAUGGUUUGCCUGAUCUUAUGAGUGAUAUUUAGUCUGUAAUGGUAAUACAUAGUAUACACACUCACAAAUAAGUAUAUAUUUUAAAUUAUUUCAGCUGAAACGUGUUUUUAUUUCUUCUAUUAAGGAACUUACUCUGGCACACUCAAUGUAAAAUAGAAUGCUGUAACUAAUUCAUAUAAGUUAGAACUCUUAUUUGAAAAUUCUUCCAGAACUGUAACUAAUUAACUCAAAACUUUAAAUGGUAUCCUGUAAGUAAUUCUGCAUAUUAUGCAUUAAAAGAAGGUUGCUCUUUAGGAGCAAAAUUUGCAUAAGAUACCAUUAGCAUGUUUUAAUGAAUUCUCAAGCCAAUUUUAGUGCAAUUUCCAUAAUCAGCAUUUAUUCUACUACUAAAUAUAAAUUUAGAACAGCAGGUUGAAGAGCCCAUAUCCCAGGAAGAUCACAGUGUUCUGAAGAUGGACUACCUUCUUAUCGUACUUUGUAAAUUGAGCAUCUUUGCAUCUAACUACAAUUCUGGGCUUUUUGAUUUUCUCAGUUUGUAACUGCUAUACUCAUAAAUAUAUUGCACCAGUUAACUAUACUGAAGAUUAGCAGUGCAGUCCACAGCCAUUUUCAACCAGCAUGAGCUUCCAGAUAACUAAUUGCAUGGACAAAAGGCUGUGUAAUGACUGCUUGCAGCAGAUCAAACCUGGCACAACAGUUCUUGGUCAAAAGCAGGCUACAAAGGGCUUGUGUUUUCUGGCUAGGAAUGGUUAUGAAUGAAGGCUGUACAAUAGCCAAAUCCCAAGUAUGCCUUUGGUGUGCUGAGGUAGCCCUGCAGGGACAGGAAUUGGUGCAGCACUGCACAGACCAGAAAUUAUGUGGACAUACCUUGAGACAUUCUGUUGUUUGUAUAACUACAGUAAGACCUUGUUAAUCUCUUUAAAUAUAUAUUUUCUUACAAUGUUUGAUUUUGUAUACAUUCAAACUUCCUUUACUUUCAAAUAUUCAGUGUUCACCUAGAACUUUUUCUCUAGGCAUCGCACAAUCCUAAAUAUGGUUCCUUAGAAUUAAGCCCCAUUGAGUUGAAAGGGACUUACUCCCAGAUAAGUGGGUACAGAGCUGCAGUCAUAAAAGGGUUCUUUUAAAAGUCUAAAUCUGCCCUAUUUUGCUCCACCUCCAUUCGUUAUAUGGGGAAAAACCAUAAUUGUUUAUUGCUGCUAAUAAAGAAUUGUAUUCCGGAAACCACACUGAUAACUAACUGGAAAAUUAUUCUGGGAAAACAACUCUAAUGUUCCAAACCUAAGCUUUUGCCAAAAGCUUUCCACUGAUAGUGGCAACUGUACAGUUGUUACCUCCUGUUUUACUUUCUACCCUUCAUGGAAUAUGUUUAGAAGCAAAGGUUUGUUUUCUGGCUCCUGAGUUAUUUGUAGCUAGGUACUAAUACAGUUUAGAAGGCAUACUGAUCUGCUAAUUUUGGUAUAGCUGUUGUAGCACAUUCGCAUUUCAUCAUCCAGCAUGAUUGGGAACUGACUGUUUUCUGAAUAAGACAAUUCAAAUGCAUCUCCCUCACUGAUUAGCUGGCAAAAGACUCCAUUGUGCAUGGCAAGUCUGAAUGUGUCUGUUGUUGCUAUGGGAAGCUUGCAGAGCUUGUUACUAACAGACAGUUGAGCUUCUAACAGAAAAGCAAAUAUUGUCUCUGUAUUCACUUAACUUUCGGAGGUUCUUUCCGCAUUACUGCUGCUCAUGUAGAGCUAGAUUUCUAUGUUUUGUUUUGUCUUUGCAGGAAAUAAACAUGACGAUGGGACACAGAGCGAUUCAGAAAAUGCCGGAGCACACAGGCAUUACAGUAGACGGGCAGCACUUGAAGAACAGUUAAGGCAUCAUUAUGCUGAGCAGAAAAAAUUGCACACAAAAUCCCAGGACACAGAGAAACAUUCAGACCAGCCAACUGUUAGUCAGACUGCUUUUAUGAUUGAGUUUUUUGAUGAAGGCCAUUCCCGGAAGAGGAGAUCUUAUUCCUUUUCUCAAAACGUGGGAGUUCUGCUCCCUGAAACAUCUUCUCCGGCACCCCCUACAAGAACUGAAAAAGCGAGACCUGCAUCAGGCGACUCCAAAGGCAGUUUACCACCUUCCCAGAAUAGCUCCGCCCAACAAAGAGCAGUACAUGCAAAACUUCUGAAGCAAAAGUCAGAAGAGCCUUCUGCUGCACUGCCUUUCUUACAAACUGCAUUAUUGAGAAGUUCUGGAAGUCUUGGGAAUAGACCAAGUACAACUGAGGACAUGGAGAAAAAGAUUAAAAGCCCGGUCGUUCCGGUGGCUGUUGAAAAGGAGGAGGAUGACCAAAGUGAUAAAGGUACUUACACUAUUGAACUGGAAAACCCCAAUGCUGAGGAAGUAGAAGCUCGCAAGAUGAUUGAUAAGGUAAGCAAUUUAAAUAAGAGUGCCAUUAUUAAAACCCCAAUCCAUGGUGUUUAUGGUGGGGUCCUAGUAACUACAAUUAUUCUAAUAAAUCAGGGUGUUUUUAAAAAUAUAUUAUUUUUCAAGCCACAUUUUGAACUCGUAGUAUUUUAUCCCUCAUUGCAAGCUAUGUACUAGGCAGCAAAAGGGUAUUUUGAACCUACUUCUUGAGUACAUACAAACUAUGUGUUAAACAUAGUUUCUAUGUUUCUAUUUUCCAACCAUGUUGAUGGCUAUACAGGGAAAAGAAUGAAGCAAGGAUUAUGUUGCCCGAUAAUCCACCUGUCUUGUAUCAAGUUUGUAAUAAAACAAACUUUUAAGCAACAAUUAAAGUUCAGCACUAAUAUUUAGCAAGAUUCUUCUCUCACCCUUUAAAAAAAGAACCGUAAUAAUUUGGUCAAGUAUAUCCAUUUAAAGCAGAGAUAGGAAGUCUGCCAUCCUCCAGAAGUUUCUCUCCUGGUGUUAUUUUCUUUCCCUGGCAACUUUACUGAACUAGCUCUCCUUUUGAUAGCCAUGGAUGACCUCACAUACACAAUGAACAACGGUACAAGAGACUAGUAGCGCUGUGAGCGUUGGCCAUAUUGACCCUCUGCAGCCCACUGGCAGGGCCACCACUUGUGCUGCUACCAAGGGUCCCUGACCACCCACAGUAGAUUUACAGGGGGAUGCAAGGAGAAGAAGGAAAUAGCCAAAAAACACACACAAAAAAAUCAUUCCCCUUCCUUUAGCAAAAGCAGAUCCCCAUGGUUCCCAAAUUUGGAUGCAACCCAAGGAAUAUAUAAAAAAUAAUUUAGUGAGAAAGUUUCCUAAACAUGCAUGCUAUAAUUCCUAUAACCAUUUAGACACCAAUUCUAAUCCUAAUAGGACUUAAUUCUUAGUAGAUAUGUUCCACCUCCACUGUCAGAGGCAGUAAGCCUCUGAAUACCUGUUGCUGAGAAUUAAAGGUGGGCAGAGAGUGGUUGAGCUUAGCUCCUUCUUGCAUGCCUCCCAUGGACAUCUGGUUAGACACUGUAAGAACAGUAUGCUAGACUAGAUGGCCCAUUGGCCUGAUCUAGCAGGCGCUUCUUAUGUUCCUACAUUCUUACAUUCUAGACUUCUUUAUUGAGUUGGCUUACAACUCAGUAGAGUUUAUCUUAGCCCCCAAAGCAUAAACCAAACCUUCUGGUCCUUGUCCUUUCUGUAUAUCUGCUUAGGGUAGAAAUGGUGAAGGAUUUCUCUUUAGCUUUCUCUGAACAUAGUAAGGAUACUAAGCAGGAUCAUUUACCUGAAGCCUAAGAGCCUUGAACAUUUGGAAGCCAGGGUUGGAACUUAUUAGUCAUAGCAGCUUUGUUGUUUUUCAGCAUCAUGUACAGUGGACUAAAUCCCAGCUGUGCAAAAGUCAAAAGUUUCUUCACAUGCCUUUCUAUAUACUCUCUUUAGCCUUCAUCCAGGCAGGCAAGAGGCAUCAUCACAGUUAAUGACAUUUUCCAGUCAUGCAGCAGCAUGGGAGAUGUGGAUCAGGGCCAGUAAUGGGUGUUGCCCAAGGAGGGUCUGUGUGGCCCACAAAGGAGGCCAGACAUGACAUGGGGAGAGUCCCAGGGGCCAGAUGGAGAGGACCAGAGGGCAGCAUUCGGUCCCUAAGCCUGUGCUCCCCACCCAGUAUGAUGCUUGACCUCAAAUCAGAUACGUUUUGGUUCAGAAUUUUACAUCAAAAUGCAGGCAAAGGUCAUGUUUGUAUGUCAUACUAAACUGUAAUUUAUUAUGACAGCUGCAACAAACUCGACCCCUCUUCUGGUUCCCUUGUUUCCUCCUUUCUUCACAGUUGGGAGGAGGAGUCCAGAACAUUUCAGUCCCACUUUUGGUUAACCAUAGCUUGCUGUGUCAGCCAGAUCUAGAAUGUUGGUUUACACCAAUUAUGUAUUGUAGAAUUCGUUUAAACAAGCCAGCUUCAGAAACCAGUUUGAAAUUGGGUUGUUUGAAAUCAGCUAUAGAUGAUGUUAGUAAUAGUUUGAUGGCUAAUUAAAAGCAAAAGCUUCUGAACUGCUGCUCCCAGCCACAUGGUAGGAGGAGAGGGGAGCACAUGAGCCUAAGGCUCGCUCAGGCUUCCUCCAGUUCAUGGGUGUUCUGCUAAACUAUGGCUUGGUAUAACAGGCAAAUUUAGCUAUAGUUAAAAUGUUAUUAUUAAAAUGUUGACAUUUGAUUCACAUUUCCUUUUUAAACCAGGUUACUUAAUUUAAGAGAUGCAUAAUCUAACUGAAAUUUCAGGUGGCAAAUAUCUUUUAAAUAAGCAUCCAAUUUCUUUUAUUGAUUUUAAAUUGUAGGUUUUUCUGUAUCUUUUUAAUUCAGUACAGUGGAACCUCGGGUUUGCGAAUGUGAUCCAUGCGGGAGGCACGUUUGCAACCCGCAGCGCCACGUCUGCGCAUGUGCGGGACACAAUUAGGCGCUUCUGCGCAAAGCACGAUUUAGCGCUUCUGCGCAUGCGCGAGCGCCAAAACCUGGAAGUAACCCUUUCCGGUACUUCUGGGUUCGGCACGGUGCGCAACCCGAAAAUGCGUAACCUGAAGCUUCUGUAACCCGAGGUACCACUGUAGUUCAAUUUACUUAACUUUUAUUAAGUAACUUCCAUGCUACUUUCAUUUUCAAAGUGAGCAGAUUUAGGACUAGGAAAAUGGGCUCCUCUUUUCGUUUCAAAGAAAAGGAACUUCAUUUGAUCUCUAGAUAUUUUGUUUUGUUUUAAAAUUACUCAACACAUCAGUAUCCUAUUUUGGAUCAAAACUUGAACCAGUUGCUUCAGGAAUGAAUCAUGCCAAAUAAAAUAUCCAUUAUUCACUCUUGGAGAAACUGAAUAAAUUCUUACUACUGCAGAUAACAGGAAAUACAAGAGGAAUGUUUCACUUUGUGGGAAACAUUGGUUCAAUGGAUUGUGUUGGAUUGAAAGAUUUCUGUAUUCUGGCUAUUUUAUGUAAAAGUGUAUGAACUUGUGAUUUUUAAUGAUUUCUCAACAGAUGAGUAAUUCUUAAUUACAUGUUACUUUACUGCAUGCUGCUUUUUACAUAUUUAUAUGAGAAGGCAGCAUAAAAGUUGAAAUAAUGAAUAAAUAGCAUGUUAAAGGUCAAGAAAAUGAUGCAUAUGCAUUUUAAAUUUCUGCUAUUCGUGAUACAAUUCGUAUAAAGUUGGAGCCCAAUUCUUUUCAAGUUAAUUCAGUACAUAACAAUGUGAAUAAUGAAUGCACCAUGCUCAGCUGGUACUGAUAUAUAAAUGAAACGUGCAUUGUAUUUGAACCAAACAACAAAACGUAAAGCAAGUUGCUGCCCCAAGAUUGUGGCGUCAGGUGCACUUCUAAAGUAAUUUUCAUUCAAUUGAGGAGUUUAUUACAUAGGAGAAAUAACACUGGGAAUUCACCAUCAUCAUAAUAGAUUAUUUUAACAAUAACAAAAUGUGGCAUGUUGAAAGUGUGUUCUUUGCAGUUCUCAAUUGAUAUGAAGUGUGUGUUUUGUGUCCUCAGUGAAAAGGGAAAGUAACAAGCAACUAUUAUAACUUACUAUCUGAAACAGAAGUGAUCACCCAUCCCCAUAACAUAUAGUAUGUGACUGAUUUUCAAAUGUUGACCCUGGUGUGAAGACCUUGGAUAGUUCCCAGAAAUACUUUUGAAAUGAUAUUAAACAAAAUGUGGGGUAGAAAUGUUUAUACUUGAUCAUUUUAAGAGGUCAUUGAGAUUUUUUAAAGAAAAAACAUAUUUAAAGUUAGAAUAUACAUUUUAAGAUGAUGGGGAUACCAUCUGUACGUGGGUGACAGAAAUAGAAGAGUUGAACAAUACAGUAGAGAGUUCCCACUGGUGGUUGGUACUUAGUCACUGUUUUUCUCCAACUGCAGCAGCACAACAUUAUACUCUCUUUGUCUUUGUUGUCUUUAAUGCCAACAGUGAGGAGGUGCGUGCAGGCACUGUGCUGUUGCAUUUCCCCAGAUAAGAAAACUAAGUGUAAUGCUGUGGGAUGUAUUUGUGGCUCUCCCUUUGUUUUCUCUAUUCAGCAUCCAGAGAGCAGAAGAAUUAGAGAGAUAUGAGUGCAGCAUUUGCCUUUGCAGCAAAAAACUGCUCUGCUGGUGGAAAGAAAAGCAAGUGCAGUUUUCCACUUGGCUGCUUGCCUGGGGGGCAGUUAUUGCCUGUCUUAAGCAAGUAGGAGAGUGGCAAGCUGAAAGCCUAGAUUCAGCUGUGUUUUACAGUCUCCCUACAAGUUUCACUUACCAGAUUCCUAUUGGUUUGUCAAGUUGUGCUUAUGACAGGUGAAGGAAACUGUGCUGGAUGGAGAGAGAUUUCUGGUUGAAAGAACACAGACCUCACUGCACUUGUCUGGUCUGCACCCUAAAUUCAUCCUGCAGUUCUAGGUCACUUUCCUUGGCAUUAUCACCUGCUUCACAGAACAUAAGUACAUGCUGUGGUCCCUCCAAAUAACUUGUUAGUUUGAUGUGUUUUUAGGAGUGUGACCUACUCUCAAACAAAACUAGAAGAGGAUUGCACAAUGUGGUGGGAGGCCACCAGAUCAUGAAAUCAUAGAUUUGUAGAGUUGGAAGGGAUCCUGAGGUUCAUCUACCCCAACUCCCUUUAAUGCAGGAGCCUCAACUUAAGCAUACAUGACAGAUGUCCAUCCAACCUCUGCUUAAAAACCUCCAAGGGAAAAGAACCCACCACUUCCUGAGGGAGCCCUUCCGAUGUGGAACAGCUCUUACUGUCAGAAAGUUCUUCCUUAUGUUUCAUCGGAAUCUUCUUUCUUGUAAAUUGAAUCCAUUGGUUCUAGUUUCAAGAGUGGAAGAAAACAAACUUGCUCCAUUUUCCAUGUGGCAACCCUAGGUGCAUGGGCUUAUUCUUGCAUUGGUCACAGAAAGGAAGUAAUCCACAAUAAAACUUAACAUUUUUAAACUUUUAAAAUUCUCUAGUCUUACAGUAGUGCAGCCAUUUGCCUUCUGAAACUGGCUUCUAGAUGUUGUUAUUGUUGUUAUUAUUAUAUUUAUUUGCACCCCACCUUUUUUUGCAAGGUGAGGUACAGAUAAAAAUACAAUGACACAGAUAAAAUAGAAAAUGCUAAAACAUAGAAAGGAUAUUCAUUAAAAGGUAAUUAAACACUAGUUGAAUUAAAACAAUAUAAAAAGAUCUAGAUGUUAUGUAUCACCCCUUCUGAUACUGUAGCAACUGGAUUGGAGCCAAAACCAGACCACCCACACUCAAAGAAGAUAAUCAGGCAUGCCCAGGAGAACACUGAGGCAUGAGCUACAAAAAUAAAUAGAAGGGAGCAAAUUUUCCCCCAGAAGGCUUAAAAGGCAGCAACACAUAUGUGAGUCACACAACAGUUGCCAUUACCUCCUGUUCAGAAUAGGACUUAGGCAGCACACUUUCAGCUGGCAUAGCACAAUAAUAUUGCUGAGGUGGAGGCAAGAAAUAGUAAUCAUGAGCAAGAGAGGAUGAAUGACUGGUGGUGGAAGAACAGAGCAGACUAUUUGCAAUGAUUUAUAGGUUUUGGGGUUAGAAGACCUGUUGGAAUUCUUGAAAUAGUGUUAGGACUGCUGCAUCAUCACUGUUGUGCAUUGUUUACAAUGCUAAGGCUCAUGCAGGUUCUGAAGGUGAGUGUUGAAAUUUCAUAUUUUCUAAAGGCUUGCUAAAUUGAGAGUCCUGAGGCAAUUUGAUCUGGCUGAUGACGGACUUCUGCCAGGUCUGUAUCAAAUUACUUGAAUCAGUGGUACCCCAAUCUUAAAUUUAUAUCAGAAUUAUAUUAUAUUUCAAUAAUAGAACUUCCAAGUAAGUGUGUGUAGGGUUGUGACCUGAGCAAUUGAUUGUUUUGGUUUGUUUCAGCCUAGUUUACUACCACUACUUUUGCCAGACAACGAAAAGCAAACUUGAUCUGCAAUUCAAGGAGCUACUUGGGGCAUGCUCAGAGAGGGCUACACAAAGUAGAAUUUUUUGUUUUAAAUAACUGAUCCCCCAUGCCAUGUCAAACUGCUUUUGACAGUGGCCACUUUUGCAUGAACAGUAUACCUGCCCCGUGUCACAUGGCAAACAUAUUUUGAAACUGAAGUCUAAAUCACCCUUUGGCUUUUUGACUUUUGGUGUAGUUUCUUGGGACCAGAUCACAGUAUGCAAGGUGUUCUUACCUGGAUCUUUUCUGAGAACUGUAUACCCAUAUACAUAUAACUUUAUAAUUCAGAAAGUAUACAUUAGAGAAAAUAAUUUAUGCAACUUCCAAAUGUUUAAAUGUGUGAAUUUUUCAAACUGAUCUUCAGUGAAGCUGAUUGGAAUAAAUGAAGAUGGUUUGCUCAGGGCAUUGUAGUUAGUAUGUACGUAUGUAUGUAUGUAUGUAUGUAUGCUUAAGAUUUCUUGCCUGUCCUUCACCAUAAGGUCCCAAGGCAAGUAAUAACAAUAGACUAUACAAUUAUAAAAACAGAGAGUAGAUUAUUUGUGUUCACCUUUAACGUGUUCAGGAAUCUUUCCCAAAAUAGUCUUCAAUAACAUGUACCCUUUUGCUUUUUCUUAAAUGUUUAAUGGCACUUGUCUGUAGACAAAUAAUUUAUUUCAGUAUGUUAAAUAUCACUUUAAAAUGGUGGUCAGGAUCCAAAUGUAACAAGUUUCAUUAAUCCCAGGGCAGAGUUUUUCUCAGAGAGCCUCAUAGCAUCUGGUAAGCUUCUUCUGAAACCUGUAAGAUCUAAAAGCAGUCUGUGAUAUUGGGGGUGGGGUAGGGAGUUGGCUGUCAAUAAAGUAAAACAUUGUUACACAACCACAAAAAGAAAAUCCACUGGGAUACCCAAGCUCCUUGUACUGGCUUAAGCAGCUAUUGGAAGCCCACACCAUAGUGUUAAUUUUCCUUUUUAUCUUAUUUAGACAUGUUGAUGUGCUGAUUUUUUCAGAGACAAAACAGAUUGAAAAUAACAUUUUCAUUGUUACUGCAGGUUGGUCAAACAUUUGUGUGAAAAGGUUGAGUAGUAUAUAUCCCAUGCAUUUUAAUUUUUAGCAUCAUCAUGAAAGAGUGCUUCUCCCUCUGCUUUUCUGCCAAAGACUCGAUCUGUCUGGGAGGCCCUUUCUGUUGUGCCAUCACCAGAGAAUGCCAGGAGUACUAGGACUCAUAAGAUGGCCUUCUCAGUUCACAAAAUGGAACUUCACCUUCCUCACCCUCCUGCAUGCACUACCCUGAUCUACUCUGGAUAACCCCUCAGCCCCGCAGAGCAAGUUGUGUAAAGGGGCGGGGAGAGAGAGACGACUGUGAAGUCCCACUGGAAAUCUCUUCUGCUCAUGCAUGAACAGCAGUGGAUACAGCCUGAAAUCCUUAUUUAAGAAAUCAUUGAAUCCAUUAUAACAAAGGUUAUUUUGUUAUUUGUACUUCUGUAGAAAGUAUUAUCUAAGAUUGGGGUGUUGGCUCUAGCCUCUUGGGCUUGCUGAUUGGCAGGUUACCGGUUCAAAUCGCUGUGAUGGGGUGAGCUCCCAUUGCUCUGUCCCAGCUCCUGCCAACUAGCAGUUCGAAAGCAUGCCAGUGCAAGUAGAUACAUAGGUACUGCUGUGGCUGGAAGGUAAAUGGCGUUUCUGUGCGCUCUGGCACUCGUCACAGUCCUCUGUGCGCCAGUAGCGGUUUAGUCAUGCUGGUCAGAUGACCCAGAAAAACUCUGUGGUGGCUCUGAAAAUAUCUUGAGGGGGGAAAUAAAAUGUAGGAGGGGCAUUCUCCUAUCUGGUGGUAAAUAAGCAGAGAGAUGAAGUCUGCUUAACUGAAAGAACAUCAACAAGAAGGAAUGAGUUAAUGGAGACAAUUGAGCCUUACUCAGACAUGGAUUCAACACAUGGGGGGGUCAUGUUGCAUGCUCCUUCCAGCAUCACAUGCUGUAGCUGCACACCUCAGGGGCAGGAAGCAUGGCCCUAGUUUGUUAUGUACGUGCAUCUUCUAUGCAUGGAUAGCAUAUGAAUAGAGCUUUAAAGGUAAGUAGAAUUUGGAAAUUGUUAUUAUUAUUAUUAUUUGUACCCCGCCCAUCUGGCUGGGUUUCCCCAGCCAUUCUGGGCAGCUUCCAACAAAGAUUAAAAAUACAUUAAAAUGUCACACAUUAAAAACUUCCCUAAACAGGGCUGCCUUCAGAUGUCUUCUAAAUGUCAGGUUGUUGUUUAGCUCUUUGCCAUCUGGUGGCAGGGCGUUCCACAGGGCAGGCGCCACUACCGAGAAGGCCCUCUGCCUUAUUCCCUGUCUUUGCUUCUCACAGUGAGGGAACCGCCAGAAGGCCCUCGGCGCUGGACUCAGUGUCUGGGCAGAAUAAUGGGGGUGGAGAUGCUACUUCAGGUAUACUGGGCCAAGGCCAUUUAGGGCAUUAAAGGUCAACACCAACACUUUGAAUUGUGCUCGGAAACGUACUGGGAGCCAAAUGUAGGUCUUUCAGGACCGCUGUUAUAUGGUCUCGGCAGCCUCCCCCAGUCACCAGUCUAGCUGCCGCAUUCUGGAUUAGUUGAAGUUUCCGGGUCACCUUCAAAGGUAGCCCCACGUAGAGCGUAUUGCAGUAGUCCAAGCGGGAAAUAACUAGAGCAUGCACCACUCUGACGAGACAGUCCACGGGCAGGUAGGGUCUUAGCCUGCGUAUCAGAUGGAGCUAGUAGACAGCUGCCCUGGACACAGAAUUGACCUGCACCUCCAUGGACAGCUGUGAGUCCAAAAUGGCUCCCAGGCUGCGCACCUGGUCCUUCAGGGGUACAGUUACCCCAUUCAGGACCAGGGAGUCCUUCACACCAGCCCGCCCCCUGUCCCCCAAGAACAGUACUUCUGUCUUGUCAGGAUUCAACCUCAAUCCAUUAGCUACCAUCCAUCCUCCAACCGCCUCCAGGCACUCACACAGGACCUUCACUGCCUUCACUGGUUCCAAUUUAAAAGAGAGGUAGAGCUGGGUAUCAUCCGCAUAUUGAUGGACACCCAGCCCAAACCCCCUGAUGAUCUCCUCCAGCGGCUUCAUGUAGAUGUUAAAAAGCAUGGGGGAGAGGACAGAACCCUGAGGCACCCCACAAGUGAGGGCACAGGGGUCUGAACACUCAUCCCCCCCCCACUUUCUGGGCAUGGCCCAGGAGGAAGGAGCGGAACCACUGUAUAACAGUGCCCCCUAGACGGUGCAGAAGGAUGUCAUGGUCGAUUGUAUCAAACGCUGCUGAGAGAUCCAGCAGAACUAGGAAACAGCUCUUACCUUUGUCCCUAGCCCGCCGUGGAGUAGAGGAAGUUGGACAAGGUAGCCGGUACUAUGACAGAAACACAGAAAUAGGUAAAUGGUAUACUCAGCUGAUGUUGUAAACUCUGUUGUAGAUCAGUCAGCAGAAAAGGAAGAGAAGAGGGUGGGAACUUUAUUAAUAAGUACAAAGUAGAGUUAAUAUAAUAAUAUGUGGUAUUAGUUGGAGGCUGUGUUAAGGAGUAAUGUUUGUCUGCUGUGGGUGCUGAUGGCACAUUUUAGUUUCUGCAAUAGAAUUAAAGAAUUUAAGUAUUUUAACAUCUUUCCUCAUAGUGCAGAAGGAAUCUGCAGCUGUCUUCACCAUCACCUCAUACUCGCUUUACUAGUAAGACUGAUAUCCCCUUCUUGUCAAUUACCAUUGAUUUUUGCGUAAUUGUUUUCUCUUGAUGGUAGCUUCCUUGCUGGGGGCUGUGUUUGCCUGUUGCAUUCAGGCAGGCACGCACACACUUAACCACGUUUUAAGGGAACACAAGUAAAUUGAUAUGUAACUGUGCACAUUGAGGAGAUAUCUCAAGACUGACUACAUUUUUCUUAAACCCAGUGAGAUUUUUAUAAUCCACAUGAUGCUAGCAAAUAAUGCAUAAACAUAGCUUUAUAUACAAAUUAAAAGCUUGAAAAAUCCUCAAAGAGUAUUUUGAAGUUAUUUUAUUUUUACAGUUAGGUCAUCCCUCUUCUUUUUAUAUUAGUCUAACAUUAGAAAAAUAAGAAUAGUUAACUUACUUGAACCUUCCCUAGAACUGGAACAUAGCAGUUCUGCUUGCAAAACUCUAUUUUUAAUAGCAAAUUGUUGGCAAGAUUUAUACUUCACAACAAGAUAUUCAAGUUUCUGUUCUUUUUUUAACUGGCUAACUGAUUUGUUAGAGGAUCACCCAUACAUUCAAAUUUAAUUUAAUUGGGAAGGCUUUCAGUUAAUGUGUGUGAUUAUUUGUUUUAUUUUCAGGUUUUUGGAGUGGAUGACAGCCAGGAUUAUAAUAGGCCUGUUAUCAACGAGAGCCAGAAAGAUUUAGUAAAAGAUUGGGCUAUAAAUUCUGCUACAGUAGUGCUGGAAGAAAAAAGACCACUGAGUACAACUGGAUUUCUUGACACAGAGGUAGAAUUCAAUUUUUGAUGGGUCAUCUUCUUUUUUCUACUCUACCAACAAAGGAGAGGACCUUAAUAUAGUCAGUAUUAAGUAGCUAGCAAGCAAAGCUUCCUUAGAGAAUAUGAACUAAUUUUUAAAUUAUUGUAUCUCUGAUUUCUUUGUUAGAGCUUAUCUCUCUUCUCUGCAAAACCAUGGCCACUUGCGACCUUUGCGCAUACUACAUAGCAUGCUCUUCCGUGCAGCAUUUCAUUUAUGUAUGCCACUGUGCUGAUAUGGCACAAGCAACUAAAGAAAAGAUAAAUACUAGAGUUGCUGCAUUGUUAGCUAUAGUAUAUUCAGGUGUUGGUCAAGAAAAGUUCUGAAAUUUGCAAUUAUGCAAGGAAAAGGACAUGCAGACUGUGAGUGCAGAUGGAAAGACGUUGAUCUUUCCAGAUGGAAAGUUCAUGGAUCACUGCUUUUGCAAAGGCAUUGCCAUCGUGCCCAGGAAUCAGCAUAGCAUUUAAGUCUAUAAUAAACCUCUGUGUCAACUUUUGAUAGUGUCUAGUAAUAUUUUAGAGGUUCACGAAGGAGGUCUAAGGAAUGACAGUAAAGCCAAACUUUCUUACACCAAAAAAGACUCCUGCAACCGUAGAUUGAACUACAGAGAGCAGCAAAUGCAAUAAGCAUCUGUAUGUUUCAACUGAACAUGAAGGGAAAGGGGUGAUAAAAACAUCCAAGUUAAAAUGUGUAACUGUUAACCUGAGUUUGCUAUGCAUAGUGACAUCAUUCCAUAAGCUUAAUUAUGGGAAGAAAUUACACUAUUCUUCUACUAAUCCUUAUUUUUUACCUUUCUUAUAUACAGUUAUUUUUGUCACCUGGAGCUGAAUUUCCUUCUAAUACUUUCUUUUCUAGAACUGUUGUAAAGCAGCAUCUGUUCUGUUUCUUUGGCUGUUUAUGCAUUAUGCAUUUAAAGUACAUCCCCACCUCCCCCAAAAAGAGAAUCCUGGGAACUGUAGUGCUGUGAGGGGUAAACAACAGAUCCAAGGAUUCUUGAGGGGGGAUGUGCUUUAAAUGUGAGUAUGCAACCUUAAUACCCAUAUUCAAUGUUAUAUGAUUUAUAUAAGAUGAUAUAUUGUAUAAGAUUUAUACUGAAAACUCCAAGCAGUAUCUUAACAUUUUGUGGGUUUUUUUCUUUAAAAAAAUCAUAGUUAUUAAGUGAGUCAAAGUCACUGACAGAUAGCAGAAAAUUAAAAUGAGGGAUUUGCAAUGUAUCUUGAAGUGGCACUAUUAAUCUGAAGUAUGGUGUUUAGGGGAGGGGGCUGAGAGGGAGGAACCACAGAAAAGAAUUUUCAACCAUGCCAUUCAUCACUAUUCAAAACUUUUAUUAUUACACUAUAAUAUGGUACUAUACUGUUAAGUGGGCAAUCUCAGUGCCAAGUAGAAAAAGUCUGAUCAUGCCACUGUUUCCAAAUCACAUUUUGACCCGCAUGGUGUUUUACUAAAAUCCAUUUUCAAGAACACUGUGAACACCAUUUUAUAAAGUUAUCUCAUUGUUAUAGAAUGGAAAAACUGAAAAUAAGCAAAUGUUAUACUGCAAGUCUCUAAACAUCUUACUUUGCAUUCUGAAGCAAAAGUAUAUUUUAUGCUCUUUGGCUGACUGAGCUGCAAGACUCGGCUCAGGAGGCUUUUAUUCCCGGCUGGUGGACCGGAGCAAAGAUUUCUGCACUCCAAUCUGCACCCAGGCUCUGCCCCUGUGCCUGCCCCUCAUUGGGCAGUUCAAAUUUGGCAUUGGUGGGCUAUCCCGCCAUUCAUAGUGCCCUGCUAGGGCAGGACCCAAUGACUGGCCGAUACCAAGAAGCUUUUUGCUCCACAGGGGGAAAAGGGGAAGCUAUGAUGGGCUACAACUGCUGCCCAUCCCAGAGCUGGGUAAAUAGUCAUUUUAUAUAGAACAACCCGUAUUCUGUGAAUUUUAGUUGGAAUGUGGGUUUUAGAGAAAACUAAAGGAACUGUGAUGGAGGUGAUGGCCUGAGAAGUUGAUAUACUAUCUAUAUUAUAUUGACUCUAAGGCAGGCAACUUUCUCACAAAUAUGUCACGAGAGGAGGCUAAGAAAAAAAUCAUAUUUUGAUGAAUAGUAAAAUUUAUGCAACAUUGUCAAGAACAUAGCAGAUGCCAGUAUGCAUUUGCCCAUGACAAGUAUUACUAUUCAGGAACUGUUUCCUCUGAGUCAAGCCUUGAAAGAGACUUUCUAUAAUUAUUUGGGCUUGUUUCAUUGUUUCUGAACCCUUAAUAUUGGGACAUCCUGUUUUCAACAUUCCAGAAUUUAUCAGUGCAACAAGGAACAGCUACAAGCUUUUUGUGUUGAAAUGAAAGCUGGAGUUACUGGGAAUGCUCUAAAGGUGGUUUAAGACCUAUGUGCAGUUCAUGGGCAAUAUAUUGAUCACCCCUGAAACUUUCACGAUUUUGCCCCAGCAAAUCAAAUUACCUGAAUAUUUUACCAUUCCUCAAUUUUGCCUCCAGAGACAAGCUGUUCCACUGAGGUAUUACUUAAAAGUACCAUGGUUUUGAAUACCAAAUAAAAACAUGUCUUGAGGUUUUCUCAGUAGGGUUUAGAAAGAAUGUUCCUGUCUUGUAGAAUCUGUAGCAAGUGACGCCAUAACAUACCCAUAGCAACCAAUGCAUACAUAUUCUAUAUGUCCUAUAUUUUGAAUACUACCAACAAUUGAGAGAGCUUUAGGUUAGGCUCCUGGAAGAACUUCAGAAGGUGAAUAAGGGAAAUCAUGUGUGGAAUUAAACUUCUGAGAAGUUAAAGUAUUUUAUUUUAUUGCUGACAUUGUCUAACGGUAUGUUGUAACAGUUAAUCCUUUACUGGUGGUUUUUGACUAAGCUUCCUUUGCAUUAAGAUACUGAGAAAUCUCAGACUUUUCAAGUUUCAUUACUCUUUCUCUCCCCCCCCUUUUAAUAUUUCAAAGAUGCAAAAAUAUUUUGCAGGAUUAUCCUUUCAAGGAAUUAUUUUAUAUUUUAAAAACACCUGUCUUAUUGUUUAAUCAUUUAUUUUUGUGAUUUCCUAUCCCUUUCAUUUUGAGAACUGUAGAAUGAAAAACAUGGCUUGUAAGGGUGGGAAUAUAAAUGUGGAAUAAGCAGCUAUGGGAACAAACAAGGAUAGUGUUACGGUAAAAUCUGGGUGCGGGGCUACUCUGCCACCCAGCUCGUCGGACUAAGUCCGCGGGUCCCUGCGGAAGAAAAAUGAGCUCAGCCGGAGACAGGAGCAAACUGCAGAAGAUCCAAGUUUAUUGCGCAACAGGUUCAAGGCGAGAUUGAACAGUGAGAAAGGGGUGACAUGAACUUCAAUAGAAUCCAAAAUCCAGUCAGUUUAUCAUCCUUAAACAGCUUACCUUGGAGUAGUCCCAUUGAGACUGAUGGGAAUAUUUGAUGAGUAAUUCUGUUUUUUCCAAAGGAGACUACUAUACAGUGGUGCCUCGCAAGACGAAAUUAAUCCGUUCCGCGAGUAUCUUCCUCUAGCGGUUUUUUCGUCUUGCGAAGCAACCCUAUUAGCGGCUUAGCGGAUUAGCGCUAUUAGCGGUUUAGCGGCUAAUAAAGGCUUAGCGGUUUAGCUGCUAAAAGGCUAUUAAAGGCUUAGCAGCUUAGAAAAGGGGGGGGGGGGCGAAAAAAAAAUCUCAAGACUUGCAAGACAUUUUCGUCUUGCGAAGCAAGCCCAUAGGGAAAUUCGUCCUGCGAAGCGCAUUGAAAAAUGGAAAACCCUUUCGUCUAGCGGGUUUUCCGUCUUGUGAGGCAUUCGUCUUGCGGGGCACCACUGUAUUGGAAAGUAUUCCUAUAAUAUAAAAUAAGAUGUUACAGAAUCUCACAUCUCUGUGUCUGUGACAAUACUCAUUUUAUGGUGAUGUAAUUACUUUGGUAUAGGAAAUAAGUGCACUGAAAUUUGGAUCAGUUUUAUUUAGAAAUUAACAAUAUAUUGGAGGCUACUUAUACAUACAGCAGUGCCACAGAAUUUAACAAACUGACUAUGAUCACAUGAAGAAACUAGUCUGUGAAUUGGUAGUUAGUUACCUGGUUAAACACAAUCACAGUUGAGACAGCCCCUUUGACCUUUUUUUUAGUUAACAGAAAUUCAGGGGCUUUGAGUUCAUGCAUAUUUUCUUCCCAUAUGAAUGCAUGCAAGUCAAUUUUAUGACAAUUAUGUAUCUAUUAGCUGACCCUGAGAAUGUCACCUACAAUCAACCUGCUAUGUUUGUUUACUUGUGAAGGAUUUGUAUACUAUCCUUAGGUGUUGUUUCCUGGGUGAUUUACUGCAGUUGAAUAAAAUACAAGGUUCAGAUAACAGUAUAUUAAGGCAACGGUGUAAGCAAAGGACUGAAUAAAUAACGACAUAUUUGCCUGGCACCAAAAUUAUGAUAAUAUUUGUCUCUUGAGAGGGAGUUCUAGGAACCAAGUGUCACAAUCCUAAAGGACCUCUCUCUAGUUGCCUUUCAUGUUGAGGCUUCUGUUAGGAGAGCCGCUGAAGGUUUCCUCAAUUCACAGAUUGGUUGACAGAGGAAUAAGAGUUUUUUCAGGUAGCUGGACCUCAAGCCACAUAGAACUUUAAAAGCAAAUGCCAGAUCUUUGAAUUGGGUUCAGAAACACAAAAAAUCUCUUAACAAAAAAAUGAUUUUUUAAAAAAUAAGUGAACCGGCAGCCAGUGAAGUUCUUUAAGUAUUGGUGUGGUAUGUUUAAAAACAACCAGUGACAGUCAGUAACCUGGAAGCUGCAUUCUGCGCCAGGGGCAUUUUCCAAACAGUUUUCAAAGGCAGACCAUUUACAAAAUGUUACCAAUAGUCAGUUCUAGACAUUACCAGGGACAGGAUAACUUUUUUCUGUCAUGCAGGGUCUAAACUGCUAAAGAGGCUACCUGGGCCUGCAAUGACAAAGAUGAAUUUGAGACCAUCCACAGACUAAAUUUAAUCUGUAGGAUAGUACAGAUUCAUAAAGUUUGAGAAAUUUCUUUUAAACUCUUUCCCCUGAACCAUGAAUAUUGUUGUAUAAGAGCCCUGUAUUCGUUAUCCUUAGGCCAAACUUGGCACUCGCGGCUGCUAAUGGAGUAAUUUUCUUCCAGUGCAAAUAGCAGAUUCAGAUUGGGACCACAGGGAAGGAAAGGGUUAAGAAUCUCUUCUCUGUGGCUGCUGCAAUCCUGAUAAAUAUCAACCACCCACCAGCAGCUGCUGUUUGUGUCUGAUGUUUGGGCCUUUAUCUCCACACAUCAGCCUACCACAGAGGCUUGUGGUAUAAUCAUUUCCCACACAGUUGCUCAGCACUUUGAAGCCAACCCGUUCCUCUAAUUACUGAUUUUGCUUCAGUCCAUAUCUUACAUGUGAAUAAUGUUUUGAAGGGAUUUAUAGUGAGUGCUGUGCAGAUGCAUCACUGAAGAGACGGGUUUCUGCAUUCUUGAGGGAGAAAAUGUAACACAUGCAAGAGCUGGAAAUACAAAGUCCUUUCACGUGAAUUAACAUUUUGCACACAUGUUUUACAAUCUUCAAAAAACUAAAGCAGCUUCUGCUGUAAUUUGAUGGCACAGCAGAGCCUAAGUAGGCUCUUUGACAGCCACCUACUGGACAAAGAACUUACUGCAGCUUCAGAGUCCUUUAUAUUUUCACUCAGUUUCAAAGCCUCAAAAAAUACUUACAAAGACCAGCCCAAAUUUGACCCACUUCUCCCCACCAUUUGAAAUAACUUCCACGAGUAAACUGAUGUUGAGCUUUUGGAGCUUUAUUAUGAGAAUUGAAAAUAAUCUCCCUUUCCAUGCUAUACUAAAUACAGUCUCGCAAUACAUGAUCUGUGAUCUUGACUGCAGGGCAAACACUGCAAAGCUUGGCCUUGCACCAGAUUUUCCCAUGUGGUUUGGUCAAAAUCGAGUAUACACUUCCAGAGUUAGCAUUAUUUUAUGCUUUCCUAACCCACUAUUAUCAAAUCCCAACCUGUAGGGUACUAUGUUGGGUGGUUAUAUAUGUUCCACGUGUUAUACUCGUAGCCUCUGAAUAAUGGUGUUUCAGUGCUAAUGCCUGUGUAAUAUAGCCUUAAUCAACAGCAAAGUCAAACGUACAUGCUAAACUUGCAUAAAAGAGGGCUAAUAUAGCAACAUGGAUGGAUAGAUGCCCCUGGCUAUGUUUGGAUUAUCAAAUUGGCUGGGAGGUGGAUAUGCAUCCUGCAGCCAGUUUGCUACUUCCUUCAUGCAAGCAAGGUGACAAGUCAGAAAGCUGCCAUUAACUAUUAAGUUCAAACUAGGAAAAUGUGGUUGAUGCCUUCUAAGCAAGCCAGAAUAUGAAGCUCUGGUAAUUGGCUUGUUUCAGAAGCAGUCAGCCAUAGUUCUGCAGUUCAGUUGUAAUGGACACCUAUGGUAAAUUGCAGCUUCCUGGUUUGUUUUCCCCACUCAUGUAGGGAGGAUCAAAGCAGCUACAUGUAUAGGUGUAAAAAACUUAUUUAUAUGUCUGUUUGUUAAGCCAAGAUAUGACUGCACAUUGCCAGUUUCUAACCACAAGUUCACUACUAGAUGACAUUCCUUCCUAAUUAGUCUUGCAGUAAAGGCAUCAGUCAAUGUAUGGUAGUGACCGAAUCAUGAUUUCACUUAAUCUGAGUGUGAGUGUGCAUGCGUGUGCGUGCACGCACACUUGUUCUCCAAGAUCUUAAUUUUCUGAAUUUUUUUUCCAUUUUUUUCUCUUUAAAAUGACUAAAUCAAUGUAAGCAUGAUUUGUGUUGAAAUCUGUUAAUAGGAAAGCACUGGUGUAUCUGGAAGCAAGCGCUGGGUGUCACAGUGGGCUAGUCUGGCUGCUAAUCAUACAAAACAUGAAGAAAGUGAAGUACGGAUGGAAUCAUUUGCUCCUGCUCCUCUAGAAAAUGGUACUUUACAUAUUUAUCUUUCAUAGCAACUACUAGCAGCACGUUUUAUCGCACUCAAUUGUUAAACUUCUCAUAACCACUUAAGCAAUAGUGUUUGUUAAAAGCAUGUGCUUUGUAAAGAAUUUUGAUGCUAAAAGAUUGUGAUGCAAAAGAAAAAGAGUAAAUGAGGCUCCCUCUAAAUUUUAAUUGAAAUAAUCUGUAAUAUUUGUAGAAUUUCCAGGUGGCAUUCAGUGUUGUGCUAUGGUGAGUGUUGCAUCUGCACCAGCAUUGCAGCUUGCCAGAUAGAACGAUCCCUCUCUUUUCCCCUUGUGUGCUGUUCAUAGCUGUCAACUUUCAGAUUUGAAAAUAAGAGAUCAGCAGCCUCACCUGUUCCGGAGACAGACUAUGGGAUAUCUAACAAUCCGGGAUAGCAGCGGGAAGCUGCGGGAAAUGGUGCUGGAAUAAGGGAAUUUCUCACAAAAAAAAGGGAAGGUUGACGGCUAUGGUGCUGUUGUGGGGGUAUGCCUUAUUACAGAAGUGGAAAUCCUUGCCCAGGGCUUCCACUGACAUGGCUUGUCAGGUGAAUCCCACACAAGUGCUUUUACUUAACAUGUUUUCCCUCUCCCCAUUUUCCUACGUUUUAUUUGGUUUUAGAUACAGACAUCAGUGAAUCUGGCCUGUCAGCUAGAAGUGCUGCUUCUGCUGCCUCUUUGACCAGCCAAGGAGAUAGAAAGAGGCGAACACUUCCACAGUUGCCGAAGGAGGAAAAUGCCACAGAAGGACAAAGAACAAAGGUUACAACCCACCAGCGAUCGGAGAUAGGUGAAAAACAAGACACUGAACUUCAAGAGAAAGAAACUCCAACUCAUACCCAGAAAGAAAUAGGGCAAAUUAGUGACAGGAGCGUGACUAAAGCAAGCAGGGCAAUGAAUGGCCUGUCUCCUAAAGCAGACAAGGCGCUUCUUCACUCCAACAGUUCCUUUUCUUCUGACAAAGAGAAAAGUGAAAAUGGCAGAGAAACAUCGGUGGUAAAACAAGCUUUGGCUAAAAUUAAGCAGCAGGAACAAAAGGAGGUAACACAUUGGACCCCCACUAAAUUAUCUUCUUCAAAAACACCAAACCAAGCUGAAAGAAGUAGAGACGAGCCGCCUGUUUCUCAUAAAGCAGACAAUAAAGAGAAAGCAUCAGGGCGUGGUUCUGGCAAAGCAGAAAGUAAAGUGGUGCAAAGUGACGGGAAAAGAAGGAAAGCGGAAGAUGCAACAAGAUGUCCAACUCCAAAAGGGUUUAGUGGGGAUAAAAAAGAAUCAUCGAAGCCGUUGGUGAGACAAGGCAGCUUUACCAUAGAUAAACCAAGCACAAAUAUACCUAUAGAACUGAUCCCUCACAUCAAUAAACAGACAGGAACUACUCCGCCAUCAUUGUCUUUAACAUCCACUAGUAGAAUAAGUGAGAAAAGUGAUUCUGUGGAAACAGAUUCUAGUCUAGAUACAACACUUAUCUUAAAGGACACUGAAGCUGUAAUGGCUUUUCUUGAAGCGAAGCUGCGUGAAGAAAACAAAACCGACGAAGGACCUGAUACUCCCAGCUAUAAUAGAGAUAAUUCCAUUUCGCCUGAGUCAGAUGUGGAUACAGCUAGUACAAUUAGCCUUGUUACUGGCGACAGUGAAAGAAAGCAAUCUCAGAAACGAAAAAGCUUUAGUACCCUGUACAAAGAUAGAUGUUCCACUGGUUCACCUUCAAAGGAUGCUUCAAAGUCAUCUUCUACAAGCGCUAGAGACAAAAUUGAGAAGAAAACAAAAAGCCGAUCUUCAGAUGCUGGUUCGAGAGGUGAUGCACGCAAGGUUGUGCAGAGCAGUGGAAGAAUAAGGCAGCCUUCUGUAGAUUUAACAGAUGACGACCAAACUUCCAGCGUACCUCAUUCUGCCAUUUCUGAUAUCUUAUCUUCCGACCAGGAAACAUGCUCUGGCAAAUCGCAUGGAAGGACAUCUUUUACCUCAGCAGAUGAACAUUUACAUUCCAAAACAGAAGGUAUCAAGUCAGCCAAGUUGAGGACCUCUCCAGCAUCAGCUGGGCAGUCCAGUAAAUCAACCACUCUCCCAAGGCCUCGCCCCACAAGGACUUCUCUCUUACGUCGAGCGCGACUUGGUGAGGUGUCAGAUAGUGAACUGGCAGAUGCGGAUAAAGCAUCCGUUGCUUCUGAGGUGUCUACUACAAGUUCUACUUCCAAACCCCCAUCUGGAAGGAGAAAUAUCUCAAGAAUUGACCUGCUUGCUCAGCCACGGAGAAAUAGACUUGGUUCUUUAUCAGCGCGUAGUGACUCUGAAGCAACAAUGUCUAGAAGCACGACAUCAUCUCGUACUCCAGAAGCCAUAAUUAGAAGUGGCAUUAGGAUAACACCGCCAGCAGACAGCACUAAAGUUUCUCCUAGAAUGAGAGCGAACAGCAUAUCUCGCCUUUCGGACUCCAAAUCCAAAUCUCUGUCAUCAGCUCAUAAUUCUUCAGCAGGUACGAGAGUUUUUCAACCUUAAUUCAAUAAUUUGUCCUGUCAGCACUUUCCCUUUUCGGUUGAUAGGGACAUACAUGAAACAUUUUUAAUAAUAAAGUGUAGCUUUAAAGUUGCUGAAUCUAAUGAAAAAUGGUAAGGGAUUGGCUGAAUCUCCUUCACUGCUAAAUGGCUGAUUUAUUUAUAAGUCAUUCAGCUUUUUAACCAAAUUAAUGCUUUUUUUGCUAUAAAACUGUAACAUGUAAGACUAAUAAUGUUUGGGACGUCAGGAUUCUUUUUCAGAUCUAGUGCUGUAGUACAUAGCAUUUUGAACUUGGAUUUGGAUUAUGAGAGGCCAGUGAUUAUUAUCUAUUGCUUCUACAGUAGCUAAGAUACACCAAGAAAAGAAAAGAAGUCACGCUUGGCUUUGGUUCUCCAGUUGACUGAGAAUUACUACCUAAUUUCAUAACAGGCUUCUGAAAAGGCAUGUUAACCUAGUCAUUAGUUUGGUAUAGCGCAUGUGGAAAGAACUGAAAUGCAGCAGUCUACACAUGGAUUAUCUCCAUGCAUAACUAGUUUUUGUCAGCCUCCAUCUGGGGGUUAUAUUAUUUGCAUAUCCAUCACCUUGUGAAACAUUCAGGCCAAGAUCUCAACAGCCAAGCAUGCACUAGGAGUUCCCAGGGCAUUUCUUUCAUCAUAGUCAUUCAGCUAUACCUAAAAGGCAUGCCCAAGGGUUUGGGAAAACCUCCAGAGUAGCAUCUGGCAUGGUAUGAGCAGCUGCAGCCAGAUAGAAAAAAAUAUUGUGUGUACACAAGGCUAUAUGAAUCAUGGUUACAGGAUAGAAGGCCUAUUACCUGUCUUUGAGAAUGAUACGCAACUAGGUAAAAAGCAUUUGCAGAUACUAUUUCAUUCUGUUGGAGACAUUAGGACUUCUGCAACUGUCAUUUUAAACUAUUUGUAAAUCAGGGUUUGGGUUUUUGAGACCAUGUUGGGUGGCACCCAUUUUUACCCACUCUGUCUAGAUCCUUGGGUGCACAAAAUAAGUAUGAUCCUUUUCCUGCCAUCAUUGUAUCCCAACAACUGAAAUCCCAUUCUUAAUUGAUAAACUAACAUAAUAUAAUUUAUAAUGGCGUCACUGGCAGUAAAGGGUAGGCUAGAGAUAAUUUGAGGCAGUGGCUGAUGACCCGAAUGGGUUGGGUUAUGACCCUCUUCACAUGACGGAGGCCGGAGAGCAAAGAAUUCUGGGAGGCAGGCACAGUCCCCUCAGUUUUUUGUCUCUUGCCUGACUAGAUUAGAGAUAUUUUAAAGGAAUAAAAUAAGUUUUACAAUUCCAAAAAACUCAUUGAAAAAACUUUAAAGCUGUAUGCAGAGAGUGAUAGCUCAGAAUCAAAGAGUACACCCAAGUUACAAAAUGGAAAAAAAAAGAAGGAAUAUAGAAAUAGGCAAUAAUAAUAAUACAGUAAUAAAAACAGUAAUAAAACAAAUGUCACAAUGUUAGAUGCUGUAAAACAGCUCUGAUAUGUAAUGCUUCUUAUACAGGAUGAGUAACUGCAUUUGUUCAGACAUUACUUAUUGAGAAGAAGGUAAAAAAGAGUUGACUUCUCAAUUUCCCCACUGCAAAGAGAAAUUUAAUUUCUGUUGGAGACUGAAUACAGUGGUACCUCUGGUUACGUACUUAAUUCAUUCCAGAGGUCCGUUCUUAACCUGAAACUGUUCUUAACCUGAGGUACCACUUUAGCUAAUGGUGCCUCCCACUGCUGCCGCACCCUUGGCGCAUGAUUUCAGUUCUCAUCCUGAGGUAAAGUUCUUAACCCGAAGUACUACUUCCAGGUUAGCAGAGUCUGUAACCCGAGGUGUUUGUAACCCGAGAUACCACUGUAUCUCCUUAAUUCUGCAUCACACCAAGAGCAGGUUAGAAGUUGUUGUCUUUUUUAAUAAUCCCUUCACCAAGUUCAAUUACAGAGCAGUAUACAGCAGAUAUAAAUAAUAAAUUAGUAAAUUCCUAGUACAAUAAGAUAAAGACAUUAACAAUCUUGAAUAAAAGACAGCAGAUAAAAAUGACAAGGAAAACUAAGUAAGCUAUUAUUCAAAUUAAAAUGCCUAGAUUUUUUUGAUAUUUUUUAAAGGUUUAACCUGUUGCCAAGAAGAUUGUAAAGUAGAUGCCAGGUACCCUUGUUUUGGGAGUGCAUUCCCAACCUAGGGUUCUACCACUGACAAAGCCCUCUCCAUUUUAAUUAUAUAAUGAUCUUCCAGUAAAGAAGACUUGGAGUAGAGUGUCAACAGAAGAUCUUAAGGCAUGGGCAGGCCAUUCAAUUAUAGACAGUGACCAUUUUACAUGCAUCCAAUUAAUGUGCAAUCACGCACAUGCUGGUCACUGCCAACCCCAGAAGUGGCCUGAAAAUGGUGCAGGCUUAUGCACACUUGGCCAAUGCACGAGGGGGCCAGGAAUGGAACCCCCACUCAAAAUGGUUGCCACCUGUACAUACUUACCACAAAAUACAUAUUGAAAUAGGUAUUCUGUUUCAGUAUAUGCAUUUCUCAAUCUUUUUUAACCUAAAUUACCCAUUUUAAUGUAUUUCAAUAUAUUUUUUUGAGUUGAGUAUUGCAUUGCCAAAUUCAUUGAUGUGCAAAAUUAUUCUCUUCUGAUUUGCACAUUAGUCUUGAAGACGUGGAUCUGGUCAGUUUGCAUCUAAAUUCAGAGACAAUAUAUUUCUCAUGCAUCCUUUCCAUGAGCUCGUUACAUGCAGAAUGGGCCCUACCUAUGGAACCAUGUAGCACCAGUCUAUUAGCCCGGAGAGCUUCUUGGGACACAAGAGAGUUGCUGAUCUACUGGGAAAUGCUGUUCAACAGGGAAAUUCCCAGAAGCUCCUCUGAUAUCAUUGCAGCUACCCGGGUUAUUAUGCCCUUCCUUGUUUAAGAGACAUUUGGAAAGAGUGGAAAAGUGAUCUCUUAAGUUCCAAGAAGCCCAAAAGUCACUUCUCUGCAGCCCACAAAGAUUUCUGCUAAGGAGAAAUGGGAGCUUGCUUCAUUGAUCUCUGCGAAACAGCAAGCUCACGUUUCCUGUUAGAAAAAGCAGAGCAUCAACUCUUUUGCAGGCUUUUUAGCCUUCUUGGUACUGAUGGAACUAAAAUGAGCAUGACGAAAGUUACUGCUUGUUUGUAUCUCUUCCUGGCUAUAUUGUAGCCUGUUAUUUGGAUGUCUUAAGUUUGUAUUUAACAGAAUUCUCAAAAAUCAGUUCAAUUUUUUUUCACGUCUGUGUUUUUAAAAUAGGGGAAUUACUUAAUACAAGCAAAUGCUUUAAAUCUGUAUACCUUCAUUAAUAUGAUAAACAAAUAUUUUGUACACAGAGGCAUACCGUCUUCUCCCAGACCCAGAUCCUGCUGUUGAAACUUACAGUGGUAGAGUACUAGAAAUCAUAUUUUGUUUCUAAGAUUUCGCUCCUAAAUAUUUGGUUUUUUGGAAAACAAUUACUUUAAAUUCUCAUGUUGUACAAUGCUGGGUUGCAGGACUAGCUCCAAAUUCAUAAAACUAUAACUUAAAAAAAAUACUCUGACUAUUGGAGUAACUGGGAAAUAAAGGGAAAUUCAAAUCAAUUUGAAAUGUUUUACAAAAAAGCAAAAACAACAAUCGGGUCCAGCUCAUGACAACUCUCUGACCCUCAGUGGUUGUUUUGCAUGCUUUUAGAAAUAAGUGCUUUUUCUGCUUAUUAAAAAAAAGCUUUUUAAACUAAGGAUGAGAAACUGCAAAAGUGUAUAUAUUCCAGUGUGUCUUACUAAUAUGUGAAAGCCACACUAGGAACCUUUUUCAGCUGCAGGGUAGAGUAAAACUACUUUAGAUGGUUUAAAAUAAGUAAAACCUGACUUAUUCAUUAGCAUCUGCAUAUUAUCUGGCAAUGAAAUAUUUUCAUUCUUCAAUUAAUUGUACUGGAAUAAUGCUAUAUUCUAAAUUCACCAUGUAUCUUUACAAGCUAUUAUUAUAAUCUGAUCUGAAAACAUUGCAAUUUUUACAUUGCAACACAUGCAAAUAAUUUACAUUGCACUGAAUUGUAAAUUAUUUUCACUUAAAUUAUUUCUGAACAGUAAUAUUUGUACUGUCUAAAAGUGUCAUCUGUGCACUUAACAAAUCUUGGCAAAAAUGACUUCAAGCUUUUUGACACCACAUUCUUUCAUGCUAUCUGACUGAUCCACAAUUCAAGGCAACUGACCUACAAAGCUAGUGUUUUGAAUCUUCAGUUCCCUUAGGUUGUUUGGGCACUGUUACAUUUCCAAGGACUUGUAUUUAUAUUAGUCUGGACAGCCUUUUCGGGGGGAAAGAGGAGGGGUGGACAAGAAAGUAUUUCCUGCAGCCCUCAACAUCUGACUGAAAAUGAGCAUUUUGCCUGCUAUUGUUACUCCUCUUCCUCAGGAAAGUAACAUUAGAUUAUUAUUUCAAGUUCACUAUGCUCUUACAAUGUUUGGUGGAUGUCACCUAAUGUUUCAAAAUUGAAUUUCAAAUUCAAUAGACUUGAUAUUUCCACCCCCCCUCUGGCAACUACACUACUUCAGUUAUUUGUACUCAAUGCCUAUAUUAUCUCAUGGAAAGUUAGGCUUUUUGACAAUGGGAAAAAUUUGCAGAAAAAGUACGACUCACUGUGUUGGAAAGUGACAAUGAAUUGGGCCCUUGUUCUGAGAUAUAUAUAUAUCAUGCUCUUAGAUAGAAGACUAGUAGCGUUCCUAACUUAUUAACUCACCAUUGUACAAAGAGCUUCCUUUUUCACAUUUUUGUAAAUUAGCAUUUAUUAUUUAACACAAUUUUAGUAGCUUUCUUUUUAUGCUAUAGUUAGCAAACACUUUUGUAUAAGGUAUUUUGGGUUUGGAAUUAAGCAACUGUUGUGUUGUCAUGAUGUUUCUAAAAUCUAAAAUCAUUUUAUUCCUUGCAGUAGAUACAAUAAUAAUUCUUUUUUAAUAAUUAAACUAAUUUAGUAAAUUCAAGAUGGAGGCGCUUUCCUACUGAUUAUGCUUCCACCUCGGAAGAUGAAUUUGGAUCAAACCGUAACUCUCCUAAACAUGCCCGUCUACGUACUUCUCCAGCCCUGAAAACUACUCGAUUGCAGAGCACAGGGACACCAACGCAAAGUAGCAAUAUCUUCAAGCAUAGGAUAAAGGAACAGGAAGACUACAUUCGAGAUUGGACUGCCCAUCGAGAAGAAAUAGCAAGGUUGGCUUUCAAGGGAUGAUUACUUGGUUUAAAAACAGCAUCUUAUCGGUUAAAUCAAUGACCAUUAUGAAAUGUGUUUUGUUUUGUAAUUGGGUUUAUACUCAAACAAAAUUGAUUUUCUUUACCACAGAAGCACUAUAAACUUACUUUACUGUCAGUGAAAGAUACUAUCAUAGUGUUCCUAAAUGCAGCCCUAAAUCCCCAAUUGUCAUAAUGGGUUUCACAAACGUGUGCAAGUAGCUACUAUUUAACAUUUGCUUAGUACUCGUUAAUUAAUGUUAAUUGAUAGAAUCAUAGAACUGUAUAGCUGGAAGAGACCCCAAGGGUCAUCUAGUCCAACCACAAGCAAUGCAGGAAUCUCAGCUAAAUCAUACAUGACAAAUGCCACCCAAAUCACACAUGACAAAUGCUUAAAAACCUCUAUGGAGGAGAGUUCACCACCUUCCAAGGUAGCCCAUUCCACUGUUGGACAGCUCUUAUUGUCAGAAAGUUCUUCCUGAUGUUUUGUUGGAAUCUCCUUUCUUGUAACUUGAAUCCAUAGGUUUGGGUUAAUUAUUAGGUUAUAAGCCAUUGCAGUUCUCCUUGGUUGAAACUAUAAACUGUAAUGACCCAUUUGCACAUGGUAAGAUGUACAUCCCUGGAUUUAAAAUGUUGAGAUGCAUUUUGUUCAAUUACAGCAGAAGAAUGUUGGAGUCCUUGCACAGCAAAGUUUCUUAGGUGCUGCUCUUGUAGUUGCCAGAGCAACCAAAGCUGGAAGUUAUUUUAAAGACUCGUACCUAUGAUAGUUAUGAUUAGAAGAAAAUACUCAAAACAGUAGCAUGUUUCAUAUUGUAAGGAACAGCAACUUUGAACUCUGAGGUUUUUUAUUUGGGAUCAAUUAUGCUGUGUUAACUAUUAACAGGAUCAGUCAGGACCUGGCUCUCAUCGCACGUGAAAUCAAUGAUGUAGCAGGAGAGAUAGAUUCAGUGACUUCAUCAGGCACUGCUCCUAGUACCACAGUAAGCACUGCUGCCACCACCCCUGGCUCUGCCAUAGACACUAGAGAAGAGGUAGGAGAUCUUCAUGGAGAAAUGCAUAAGGUUCUUUCUUUUCUUUAUUUCUUUUGCUUUAUCCUUCUGACAUAAGUUUAAUUAUUUCCACCUGUGUGUGCAUGAAUCUCCAUAUUCUCAGCAUACCCUUCCUUUAAUUUUAAGAUUGUUGCCUAUUAAAAAAAAUUAAUCCCAGUGGUUAAAAUGGCCAAUGCAAGAACAGUCAUAUUGUGAAUACAUGGCCGGUUUUUCUGUUUACUUUGAACAUAAGACCUUUUGCUUGUUUCUUUGUCAUAGCCUCAGAUGCAAGUGAGUAGUAUCUCAAUGCUCCCUAGUAAAGAGAAAGCAUUGGAGAUUUGUUUAUAGACAGGUAUUAUAAAAUACUAUGUGUAAGGUGAGAUACUUUGCAUUUUCAUUGGUCUUAGAUGGCCCUGAAUGUUACCGAUCUUUUAAAUGAUUCACUCACUGAAUUGAAGUUCGCCUCCCUAAUAUGUUACUGUAUUAUUAUUAUUAAUUCAAUUUAUAAGCCAUCCUUCCUAAUUAUAACAAUUGUCAUAAACAUUUAAAUUAGCAUGAUUUCAUGCUGCAGUUCAAGUCAUACAUUUCUCUGACAUGCUGUUUCUAUAUGCAAAACCUGCAUGUUCAGGUCAAUAUUGCGACCACCAGUGAGAGUAUUUUAAAAUAUAAAGUCAACUCUUUUUAACAGUAUUACUGUUUGUCUUUUUUUAACUAUUUGGUUUGAUUUCAGGGUUGGCACUUUCCUGGGAAGAUGUAUUUUAAGGCGCAAGCCAGUAGCACACCACCAUAGUAACAAAAAGCUACUGAGAAAAAUUUAGCAAUUGGAUAAAAGUUCUUUGUUAGAGCUGCCUCCAUUUAACUUCUAAGUGUGAGGGUUUGUUUCAACAGUAAUUUGGAAUUCUCAGAUACGGAAAAUGUAGGCAGGAUUCAACUAAUUAGUCCUGUCAGCAGAAGUCCUGUGCAAGCACUUCCAUUUCCCCAAGGGAGGUUUGCCCCCUGUCCUCCUCAUCCCCCUUGAAAUUGGCUGAGGGGGUGUUUCAAGAACACCCAAAACAGUGCACAGGGGAAAGGAGAGGGAAAUUGUUCCAUCUGGCAAGCUAAUAUGCUUGCCCUGAUGGAACGAUUGCUUUAGCACACCCGCGUCACUUUUCAAUAGGUAGAACAAUGACGGAAAAACAGAAUAGCGUUACCAUUUGGCUUCACCAGUUGUACAGCUGCGGAGUAGUCAAAUACAUGUUGAACCAUUUACAAAACACUCCUGCAGCUUGGUCAUUGGCACAGAAUCACUCACACAGCUGAUCUAAUGUAAACAAUGUAAAGUUAACUAAAGAGACUCGGAAGUCCUGUGGCAGCUUCCACCAGCAGUAAGUGCUGGGAAUAUAGAAGUCUCAGCUCAUAGAAGCUGCUGCUGAGAAAGCCUUUUCCAAUUUUAACACUGUUCCCAAAGAGUAGACCAGUCACGUGAGCUGGUGAUUUGACUAUCUGAACCAGCUAUAAGAUCAGAUUCUGACAAGAUAACGUAUUUGUAGAGACAACAACGAGAGAGAAUCCAUAUUUGUGUCUGACUCAUAUAUGUGGGAUAAAAAAGAGAAAUGAGAAACAAGGUUUUGUGUUAUUACUAAGGUUUUUUUCCAUUACUGAGCAUUGACAAAUUCAAGUGAAUAAUCAGCUGGCUGGAAUUUGAAAAUGCCUCUAGAACACAUUUAGGGUUCAUGAGUAGAGUUUAUUUUAUUUUUCUCAGGUAGUGGAUGGGUGGUGGUAAGCACUAAAUCCCAAGAUUUAAUCUAGUAAAAACAACCCUUUAAAUGCUAAAUUCAGUGCCAACCCUGGAUGUUUUCUGUUCACCUGUUGUGUUGUUCCUCUUGAUUUAUUUCAACUUCUUGUACAUAAGCCUUGGUUAACAACAUUAUGUUCUAUGUACAUUUUGUGAGUAGCAGGAUAUGUUUUGUGUGUAAGUGGUGUAAUUUUUAUUAUGUUCAUGUUGGUUUCUUUUUAUUGUUUCCUAACCAUACUACUAAGCUUCUGCUAAUGUAAAUAUGCAUUUUCUCUGAGUUAGAUAAUGUGAACUUACAUCUUUACUAAAUAAAUAUGAGUCCCCUUUCUCUUUUGUUCUGCAGUUAUACACCACUAUUGCAUUUGUAACCUUAAUAUCUAUUUCUGUGCAUUCAUAACUAAAAUAAUUGCUGAUGUUUUGGCAAAAUUAAAUGAUUUUUUCUGUUUUUGUUUUCUAAUAUACAAGUAAAUCGAAUACUCCAGUUAUUAUUUUGAUUUCUUCUGUUCUUUAGUGGCAAACCCAUCUAAACUGACGAGCCUCAUAAUGCACCUCUCUGGUUGGUUUUAAAGUGAAGCUUUCUCACUAAUUAUAUAUAUAUAUAUAUAUAUAUAUUUAAUUUUUUUUCAGCUAGUAGACCGUGUAUUUGAUGAAAGUCUGAACUUCAGGAAGAUUCCUCCAGUGGUAAAUGCAAAAACACCAGAUGGCAACACUCGACCUAAUGAUUCCAAACCACAGACAACAGACCUACCUGAGCCCCCCACAAUUACACGUCGGCGAACCUGGAGUAGGGAUGAAGUAAGUAUUGUCCAUGCCUUUACAUAAAGAGCUGAGUGAAAGGCCCAGGGAGCCAAUAACUUUCCUGUUUGAACUUCCUCUAUAAGGAAGAGACAUCGCUCAUCCCCUGCACCCCUUAGGCAGUUUCUAGUGAGACAGAGGCAGGGAUUUGGAGUUAGUGAGGAAGAAGGCUGAGGAGGAAGACAAAUUUGGGGUGAGGUGUUGGGUUUACGUAGUUCAUUUUAUCACUUUAUAUUCCAUUGUUCUUCCUAGGAGCUCAAAGUAGUUUAGGUGGGAUUAUUCCAUAUUAUCCCCAGAACAAUUAUGUGAAUUGAGUUAGCUAAGAGAUAGUGACUGACCCAAGAUGCAUUUUGUGCUUCACAGCAGAGUGAGAAUUUGAACCCCCAUGAGCCUAAAUUUAGCUAUUCUUAUUUGUCAUCUUGCUUUGGUUCAAGUAUAGAACUGCCUAGCACUGUCUUGCGUAUUAUUUUUUGCUGCUCUUGAUGUUUGUGUUUUAUUAUGAAAGUACAGACUGGGAAGAUUAUCCCUAGUCUCACAAAGAAAAAGCUCAGUGUGGCCCAAUGUAAGCAUCAGUGAAAACAGGAAACAUACUUUAGAAACAGUGGAAAAGACCAGACUGUGAACCAAAAUGUCAUGAAAUGGGAAAUAACUGUGUGCUAGCAUCAAAUCAUAAUAUCGUGAGACCAGUGGCAAUAUCGUGAGACCAGUUCGCAGAAUGAAGCUUUCCCACCGCUGCCCACUGUGCCCCUAAAAAGCCAUACUUGAGGAUUAGGGGUCCGUCAGAAUGUUGUAUGGGGAGCUGUGGCAGCAGUGUCAAAAUUGGCAAAGUCUGAUAUCCAAGUCAAUUUUGAGACAACAAUGAAAAAGGCCACAACUUUUAUUGAUUAUAGCCAACCAUGCAUGCUUAGGCAUAGGGCAAAGUUCCAGUCAUCAGACAGCCGUAAUGCAAACCAGUACCACCACCCAGCUUAGGUACAUAAUGACAUGAACCAGUAGUGUGGUCCAUUCUGUGACACUGAUGUGUGACCAGCAUGCCAGCUCCUACAACAGCCUAGGACAUGGGUAGGCAAACUAAGGCCAGGGGGCUGGAUCCGGCCCAAAUGCCUUCUAAAUCCGGCCUGUGGACGGUCCGGGAAUCAGCAUGUUUCUACAUGAGCAGAAUGUGUCCUUUUAUUUAAAAUGCAUCUCUGGGUUAUUUGUGGGGCAUAGGAAUUCGUUCAUUUUUGUUUUAAUUCAAAAUAUAGUCCGGCCCCCCACGAGGUCUGAGGGACAGUGGACCGCCCCCUGCUGAAAAAGUUUGCUGACCCCGGCCUAGGACCUUCAAGUGACACCAUAAGAUCAUUUAAAGGGGACCCCACAGUGGGGAGCACCACAAGAGCAAGGCACCCGAGCUCACCACCAAACAGAUAGAUGCAACAAAUCACACAGUGCCAAUGCCAAAGUGUCUUGCCAGGCCUCCUAAUGAUUUCCUAGGUACGAAUCCCAGAGGGUUUAGCAGUACUGUACACUGGCUACGUAAGUGGGCCCAGAAUAUUAUCUUGCUCCCUCCACAUCUCUACAUGAAGGACACAAAGAAGAGCCCCUGGUGAGUGGGGUCCAGAGCAUGAUUCAGCAGGCAUUCCAUUGAGUUUUGUAUGUGUUUAUUUUCUGCUGACCAUUGGAUAGUUCACAGUUGGAUUGAAUACAAUGGUACCUCGGGUUACAUACGCUUCAGGUUACAUACGCUUCAGGUUACAGACUCCACUAACCCAGAAAUAAAUAGUACCUCAGGUUAAGAACUUUGCUUCAGGAUGAGAACAGAAAUCGCACGGCGGCGACACGGCAGCAGCAGGAGGCCCUAAAGUGCUGCUUCAGGUUGAGAACAGUUUCAGGUUAAAAAUGGACCUCCAGAACAAAUUAAGUACGUAACCAGAGGUACCACUGUAUGUUUCAUCAAUGCAGCUCACAGAGCAGAUUUUUCCCUAAUUUCAAUUGCAAUACUUCUUAAUUCACAUUUCAACUUUUUCUGCACAUUGUUUUGUUUAUUGGAAGUUGUCUUAUUUUACAAACAUUUACUAAUACUAACAAUAAAUUUAUAAAAUACUGAUAACAAAUACCAGGGAAUUGACUCUAGCCAGCUGAAGUCAGUGUUAUUUUUCCAUUUAUGAAUGCGCUUUUUUAUUGCAAUGAAAGCUAUGCUUAUGGCUAAAGAUGAUUUCCAUAUAUUGACAAGUUGCAUGAAUUUAAAAAGUUGAAUAUUGUUCUGUGCUCCAACUAAAGUAAAUUGGAAGUACAUGACAUGAGAAUAAUUGUUUAGGAAGGAAAAGCCAUGAUAUUGUCACUUACAUUUUUAGAAGGUGACCUAGAAACUGUAUUAUUUAAAUGAACACUUGUCUUUUGAAACUCUUUCAGGUUAUGGGAGAUACCUUGCUGUUGUCCUCAGUCUUCCAGUUUUCCCGGAAGAUUAGACAGUCUAUAGAUAAAACAGCUGGCAAAAUAAGGUAAUCUGUGCCCUCAUCAGUAAAAUUCUCUUGCAAAAAAUAUUAUUAAAAUGUUUAUGUCCUUUUGACUGCAGGUCAUGUUCCAUUAAAAUCCAUGUAAAAUCAUUGGCUUAUUUUAAUAGGAAGAAAUUGGCCCUUCCUGUCUUCUUAAAAUAUUAUUGUUAGCCGUAGUAUUAGUAUUUUAAAAAUUGAGCUAUUAACAAUGAACUCCUUUACACAGGAGGAGGGGGGCAUAUAGUGUUAAAACAAUAUUCUUGUAAUGUGCAGUGACCGACAAAUAAUAAUAAUAAUAAUAAUAAUAAUAAUAGUUGUUGUUGUUGUUGUUGUUGUUGUUGUUUAUAUGCCACCCAUCUGACUGGGUUGCCUCUGCGGCUCCCAACAAAAAACAAUAAAAGCACAAUACAACAUCACAUACUAAAAACUUCCCUGAAUAGGGCUGCCUUCAUAUGCUGGCUUCACUCAACUUUGCAGUAGGAAAAGUGGGGUGUUUUCCCCCCCAUUUUCCUCAAAAUUCAAUCUAAUAAUCAAGUCACAUUGAGAACAUCUAAGAGGACCAUGCUAUGUGGAACAGAGGGGAGUUGAUCCUUCACAUUUGCUCAAAUCCAGAACCAGUGUUACGAAAAUAAAAGUAGUACCUGUCUGUAUAACGUGUUUAACUACACAAGUUUUAAAAUAAAUAUUCAUCUAUUCAAUUUUAAUUCUCUAUGAACUCUUUGCCAGAAACUUGAAAAACUAUUCUGAUACUCUAAUUCCUACUCGUUUAUUAAAAGUAUUUUUAUAUCUCAUGAAAAUGUUUGAAAUGUGCUGUGUUCAUUGAAACUUGUGAAUGGCGUUUUAAACCAAUUAUCCUGGAUUGCUCAGAAUAGCCAAAAGAUAAUUUCAGUCAAGUCUUGCCUAAUUCAGACCUAGCACUUAUUCCUGGAGUUAUGUGAGUUUCUCAAGAUAUUUUGCACUACUUUUUGACAAAGAGGCUUUUUUUUUCUUGGGAGUAAGGGAUGGGCAUGACAGAGGUAUAUAAGACUGUCUAUGUUGUGGGAGAAAGUGGAUCCUCUCUCUUAAUACUGGUGCACAGGGACAUGCAAUGAAACUUAAUGUUAGAAGACUCAGAACAGACAAGAAGUUCUUCACACAGCACAUUCCAUAGUAUCUGCUAUUACGAGAUGCAUUGAUGGCCAUCAAGCUGGCUUUAAAGGGGGUCUAGACACAUUCAUGUUUAAUAGACUAUUGUAUUUUAAUAUUUUGUUGGAAGCCGCCCAGAGUGGCUGGGUAUAAAUAAUAAAUUAUUAUUAUUAUUAUUUAAAAGGCUUGACAAUGACCACUAGCCAGGGCUUUUUUUCCAGCUGGAACUCAGUUCCAGCACCUCUCAGGUGGGCGCCAUUGACAUUCUAAGUGAACAAGGGAGGCGUUCAUGGUGAGUUCUGGCACCUCUUUUCCUAGAAAAAUAGCAGUACUGCCACCUCCACUGUUGAAGGCAGUAUGCCUCUGAAUAGGUGCUUCUGGGAACUGCAGGUGAGGAAAGGAAUCUUGCAAUCGGAAUAGGUUUGCAGUCUUCCCAUGAGUAACUGGUUGUCCGCUGAGUGAGUGAAAUGCUGCACUUGAUGGUCCUUUCAUCUAAAUGGUCUUUGCUAUGCCCAGGUGGACACUAUCCCGAAUUUCAACUUCCUACCUAGCAAUCUAAACUGAGCUUCCUGGAGCAUAUGAUCACAGUUCUGCACAUCAUUGGUGCUGACAUGCACCAUGGCAGCUGAGUCUUCCCAGGCACUGUCAUCCACUCUUAUCUAGAUGAGGCAUGACCUCCACAACUUUUAUAUCAAGCGGGCUAGUCACCAUGAAGUGUACACUCCCAUCACAAGCCCAUCUCUCUGUUUUUCCAAUGGUCAAAUUUCCUAUUGGCACCAAUCCUUGGAUAUAUGUACUCUUCAUGAAAGUGUAUCAGUUUGUCCCCUAAGGAAUGGUUCCCUCCUCCUACGGAAUGCCCCCCCCCCCGCUGCUCCUAUCUCCAUUUUUAUUGUAUUUUUAGAAGAGAGUGCAUUCCCAGAUCUCUACCCAUGAAGUCCUGUGUCAGUCCCAUCAAGGUCAAAAGAGAUAUUUCUCUUUUCACCUUGCCCGUACUUCCAUCCUCCAGUUUUCUAGAGUGCUGGAAGUACAGCCACUACGAAGUAGUUCGUUACAAAAUAUGGAAAACAUUUGGAAUGUUUAGAUUUGUCUGUGUGCAUACUCUGAGGAGAAAAUGACAACUGGGUAAAAUUUAUAGCUUUGUAAUUUUGUCUCCCCUGCAAGUAAGAGCAAGAGCAAUAUAGGCUUGCCACAAGACUGUAAAUGCCCAUCUUAUUUUGAGUUGCGUUCAAUUAGAAUUUUUAAGGCAGGUGAUGAUUUUUUAUUGUUACGCAGUCAUGCAAGUCUUUAUAGCAUAAGGCUUAUAAUCACUCUUCUGUGCUUUUUGGCUACAGAGUCUUGUUUAAGGACAAAGACCGAAAUUGGGAAGACAUUGAAAAGAAGCUACGAGCUGAAAGUGAAAUCCCAAUUGUGAAAACAUCAAGCAUGGUAUGAUGAAAUAAUAAUUGUCAUUCUCAAGUAAUAAUUUUGAAAAGGGGAAGCAGUCCCUCAGCUGCUGAAGGUUGAAAGAUGAUCGAUUUUGGAAGCUUUUUCACUAAGAGUGGCUGUAGCUUACUGGCAGAACAUCUUCCUUGCAUGCAGAAGUUCAAUCCCUUGCAUUUCCAGGUAAUGCUAGAAAAGACUCCUGCCUGAAACACUGCAAAGCCAAUACCAGUUUGUGUAGACAAACCUGAAAGAGAUAGACCAGUUCUUUAUAAAACAGCUUCUAAUGUACCUGAGAAUAUAGCCGCUUUAAAAGUUCUUCACCUUGUUUUAAGUCUUUAUUUAAUUAAUAAGUUGAAUUUAUAUCCCACCCUUCCUCUCAAAGGAGCCCAGGGUGGCAAACAGCAAAACAGUACAAUAUACAGACAGAUAUAUAGACACAGCCAAACCACACACAUAGGGGUGUGUGUGUGUGUGUGUGUGUGUGUGUGUGUCUGUAACAGGCUUUGUGUCUUCUCCAUGAAGUCUGAUGAAGGUGCACAAUAGCCAGCAGUUAUGCAUAUAAACUACUCUACUUACAUUCCCCCUAACAUAUAUACAAUCAUUAAUGUAAUGUACAUACUGUGAAGAAAUGUGGCUUGUCCAUUAAUGGAACCUAAUGCUUUUCAUGUGUUGAUGCAGGAAAUAUCAUCAAUAUUGCAAGAACUGAAGAGAGUUGAGAAGCAACUACAAGGUAUUUAAUAUUAUAUACUGAUGUUGCGAACACCAGGGUUUUCAGAAUACAAAUAAUUUUAUUUUGUCAGGCUUUUGAUUUGAUUUUUUUAAAAAAAGUUACAAUCCUACAGAAGUUAUAGAGGAUAUUGAAAGAGACAAGGGGAUGAAAAGAAUGAUAGAUGAAAAGAAUAGAUAACCCCACUUUUAAGGUUAUCUAUUCAGUUACUAGGCGAGAAUUGAUAGUGACUCGACCCUACUGCUCACUGCCGGAGUCGCUACUUUCUGUUCUCCAGACCUUAGUUUUUGCUAUAGACAUAGUAGUGGAAUGCCUGUCAGUGUGCUACUGGGCAAAUAGUGGAUCUCACAAUAGAUUGUUAUAUGGGUGGAAAAGGUCUUCUUGACUCCACAGGUGACUGUUCAGUUUGCAGCUGCCUCCCCUGGCAACUGACAGGAGUGUGUUGCUAUGACUACAGGGAGCACCACUACCCAUCCUUGCUUCUUCAGUGACCACAGACACAGGUCCUGUCCUGCCAUCCAAAGCCCCUCCUUCCUCAUGUUUCUGGCCCUGCAGAACUUUGCAUAAAGCUGAUUAGGUUUUAUCCUUAAGAGAACUUGAAAUAUUGCCCUCCGUCAUAAGAAACUCUGGCACCAGGAGUGGCUUGCUCACCAGGGUGCAACAGCCUCCCAGCAGCAGUAUCUAUGCCACUUAUCAGGAGGGGCAAGGUUGGGGCUGCAAGAACACAGUGGCAAGAGCAUCUGAUUGGAUACACCAGUGCAUUCACAACCUCCCUGUCACCUUGCCUCUUCCUUCCUGGUACAUGAAAGCAACACUGCUGCUCGGGUGGCUAUUGUAAUGGCUCCAUCCCACGAGAUGAGCUGAAUGAAAAAAAUCCUAAUAGUGAUUUUUGACCAACCUCUCCCCCUCUUUCUUUAUUCAGUGAUAAAUUCAAUGAUUGAUCCUGAUGGGACAUUGGAAGCCAUGAGCAAUUUGGGAUUGGCGAGCGCUGUCCAAGCAGCUCAGCCUAAGCAGAAGUCCAGCUCUGUUUCUCAAGGUGCCCAUCCUCAGAUCCAGCCAAACUGCCAGCCAGAAGCAAGAGCUGUUCGACCCACCAUUGCCCCAGCCUCAACUGAACUUGGCAAUGUUGAAUCUGAGCAUGAUUUCAGCAUACAUUUCAAUCGGUUCAAUCCAGACGGAGAGGAGGAAGAUCCAACUUUGCGCGAAUGA